CCUCUUGUACAGAGAGAUCCUCAGCCCCAGGUAACUCUACCGGACCGGGCAUGGCGGCCUCUGUCCCCGGAAGGUCAGCUCACUGCGCAUGCGCAGCUGACGCCAUGACAGCUACGUAAAAUGACGCACGCACGUCACUGAGUCUCACGAAUCAUCACCCUCCGAAGUUAUCAUUUUGGCUAUGUGGUCGUGACGUUUUGAUCCCUACCGCUGGCUGUUACAUUCCUUGCCAGUUCACCGUAGUUUAAAAAUCGCCAUGCUAGACGGGGCUGGCGUUUAUGUCCCGUCCCGCUGAUGAUUGGUAGCGGCUGUCACGUGACAUUUCGUUGCCACGGUAACAGCGUCUAGCUGUGCCGUUCAGGGUUGCCACGGUAACGGACAUUUCGGUUCUCUUUUAAUGCAAGAUGGAGUUCACUGGCAGCGAGUACCGAGGGGACCACCGACAUGGGAGGUAUAAUGGAAUGAGCCAUGAUGCUUAUAUACAGAACCAGCUAAAUGAAAUAUUUUAUAUACCAGUGGUUUGCUGCUUUGGGUAACCACAUCAACAGUUUCUCAUGCACCUGUGUAUAGAAUUGCUAUCUCAGCUAGGAUUUAGACGUAACAAGCAAAAUUGUUGAAACAUUACAAAGCAAUUGCCCAUUUUGCACCAAUAUCUGGAAAAAUAAAUAUGCAGCGAUAUAGCACUCAUGUCCAAAAAAAUUCAUUGUUCCUGCUGUUGAUUCCUCCCCAAAACAAGGAACCCAAGUUUGAAUCCACACUCCACACAAUGGGUGGCAGGAGAGUUCAUUUUGAAUUUCCCCAAAUAGCCCCAUUCAUUGAUUAUAAAGUGAAGUGGAAUUUGUUGACACUAUAUAAAUGUAAUGUUGUUAACGCUAUGUAAAUAAUAAUACUUAUAUAAUAUUUCCUUCAAUAUUCAGAUUUUAACCAAGAAACAAUAUCUGUUUUAAAGAUCUAUAUAUAAUACCAUACAAAUCUUUAUUCCUACUGGAGAUAACUCUUUAAUCUACCAAUCUCCUUUCUUCAAGUUUAAAUGGGUGACCUCUUGUCUUUUGUACAGUGAUGUACAGUAAUAUUGCUAAACAGUAAAUUUGGAAAAUGUUUCCAAUUUGGCCCAACAUUUACAAUUCUCUGAAAUAUUACAUUCUCGGAAAUUCCCACUUUAUUGAACAAGUUCUGGCUGUGGUUUUGUCGACAGUGCUUAGUGGCAGAGUGUGGAAUUCACAUGUUUUCCGAAGGAAAUUAAUCAUAGGGAUUCCUAUGCAAUCCCUCCCCAGGUUAGUUCAUUGAUCCUACUUAUUGCUGGACAGCCGAUAUAUUUCCUUGCAGUACAUUCUAUUUUACAUUUAUCGCUGCAUCACAGCUAGUCAGUUUUGCGGUACAGUUCCUUGAGAUAUAUAUAUAUAUAUAUAUAUAUAUAUAUAUAUAUAUAUAUAUAUAUAAAUAAUAUUUUGAAGAAAAAAUGGCACUAGAUACCCCUAGGGGAACCAGUGAGUGUGUAUCUGGGGCGUCCAGAAAUAGGGGAUAACCCUCACUUAUAUGUGUAACUAAGAAAAAGAAGAGAAAAAAGGCUAUCUUGGGCUCUAGCCGUGUGGCGCGAAUUUUGAGAUACACGCCCCCUACACCUAUUGGUGGAACGGGGGUAUAUAUGAGCGACUGGUACCUCCGAGCACUUUUGCAUAGUCUCGGAAGAAGGUGCGUGUAGCAGCGCCGAAACACGUGUUAGAUAGCUAGUUAUUUAUUUUGGUUAGGUGAUUGCGCUCAUAAUCAUAGAUUUUUAGAUAGUCAGCUUAGUAUCAUCCUUUCUUGCAGUGGGUGUGUGGGAUGGCGACAGGGGGGUGGGUGCAUCCAUAGCGAUACUAUUCCGUACGCUGUAUGAGAGAUUAGUCCCUUUCUCCCUCCUUACCACGCCAACUCCACACCAAGGUCGAAUUUUUUGACAGUAUACAAGGCAAUACAUACUUUGUAUCUACUCAGUGCUGACUCUAAUAUAAUUGAGCGCUCUAGCUACUUUUGUAAAUGAUCAGUGUGCAUUUUACAGGCACAAUUCUCUCUCUUACUUAUACCACAUGAAUUUAUUACUACUUUGUUUCAAUGUAGAAUAUAUUUUUUCUAGCAUCAGCCUGGGACGGUGAUAUCUUAUUAGGAGAGCUCUCCAUUUAUAUAGCAUUAGCAGCUUUGCACACUUGAUCAUUCACUUGCAGCAAGGUUGUAUGUCUAAGUGGGUUCUUUUCUUGAUUUAUUUCUUUUUCAUCCACCUCCAAGUUUUCUUUUUUUUCUUUUUUUGAGGGGAUUCAACAAUUUAACCAUAUACCCCACACAGAGUCCUUACCUUUCCACAUUGAUUUUAAUUAUUAUAUUCCUUUCAUUUUUCUUUUUUAAGCAGUAGCUAUUAAAAGUUACAUUUUAGCUGUACAUACCAUUAUAGCAACCAAUUAGGGGGCGCCCUAUUUCCUUUGACCGCCCGGUCUUUCUCUUCUUUUUCAUAUAUAUAUAUAUAUAUAUAUAUAUAUAUAUAUAUAAUAUAUACAAAAAAACCUUGCACUCACGCUUGAAUUAUCUACCCAGUGCUGAGCCUCUGCUUAUAAUACAAUAAUGGAAACAAUAGAAAAAUAGGCUACACUUACAGUUUUCUGUAGUAAUUCUUGUUUUUAUUUUAUUCUUCCAUUGACUUGGUAGACAAGACACAAUGUUGUGUGUAAAAUUAAGAAUCUUUAGCAAAGGUCGACGUUUCAGUCCCACCUGGGGACCUUCCUCAGGACUAUGUGUUUUGAAGCCCUCCACAUAUGGAGAUUAACGCCUCGGCUACAGGAGGUGUAAUUCCACCUACGGUAAUGUAAUUGGAGUGUCAUUAGCCAGCUCGGUACAAGAAUUCCGGGCUGGCUGAUGUUAUCUCCAUGCAAAACUGGUGUGUGAUAACAGCUCAUACAGCAUGCUAAUUUUCAGACAGCCAAGGGCGGCAAGAACAAAGCUGUUUAUUUAUAUACAGCUGCAAAGUCCCAGUGCCUUCUGAUAUACACGAUACACUGGGCCCCGAGCAACAAGAGAACAAAGAAUAUAUAUCAUAAAUGACAUAGAAACAUAGAAUGUGACGGCAGAUAAGAACCAUUCGGCCCAUCUAGUCUUCCCAAUUUUCUAAAUACUUUCAUUAGUCCCUAGUUUUAUCUUAUAGUUAGGAUAGCCUUAUGCCUAUCCCACGCAUGCUUAAACUCCUUUACUGUGUUAACCUCUACCACUUCAGCUGGAAGGCUAUUCCAUGCAUCCACUACCCUCUCAGUAAAGUAAUACUUCCUUAUAUUAUUUUUAAACCUUUGUCCCUCUAACUUAAGACUAUGUCCUCUUGUUGUGGUAGUUUUUCUUCUUUUAAAUAUAGUCUCCUCCUUUACUGUGUUGAUUCCCUUUAUAUAUUUAAAUGUUUCUAUAAUAUCCCCCCUGUCUCGUCUUUCCUCCAAGCUAUACAUGUUAAGAUCCUUUAACCUUUCCUGGUAAAUUUUAUCCCGCAAUCCAUGAACCAGUUUAGUAGCCCUUCUCUGAACUCUUUCUAAGGUAUCAAUAUCCUUCUAAAGAUACGGUCUCCAGUACUGCGUACAAUACUCCAAGUGAUGUCUCACCAGUGUUCUGUACAAUGGCAUGAGCACUUCCCUCUUUCUACUGCUAAUACCUCUCCCUAUACAACCAAGCAUUCUGCUAGCAUUUCCUGCUGCUCUAUCACAUUGUCUGCCUACUUUUAAGUCAUCAGAAAUAAUCACCCCUAAAUCCCUUUCCUCAUAAGUUGAGGUUAGGACUGUAUCAAAUAUUCUGUACUCUGCCCUUGGGUUUUUACGUCCAAGAUGCAUUAUCUUGCACUUAUCCACAUUAAAUGUCAGUUGCCACAAUUCUGACUAUUUUUCUAGUUUACCUAAAUCAUUCGUCAUUUGGCUUAUCCCUCCUGGAACAUCAACCCUGUUACAUAUCUUAGUAUCAUCAGCAAAAAGACAUACCUUACCAUCAAGACCUUCUGCAAUAUCACUAAUAAAAAUAUUAAAGAGAAUGGGUCCAAGUACAGAUCCCUGAGGUACCCCACUGGUGACAAGUCCAAGCUUCGAAUAUAUUCCAUUAACUACAACCCUCUGUUGCCUGUCACUCAGCCACUGCCUUACCCAUUCAACAAUAUUUGAAUCCAAACUUAAAGAUUGCAGUUUAUUGAUAAGCCUUCUAUGUGCAACAGUGUCAAAAGCCUUACUGAAAUCUAGGUAAGCAAUGUCUACUGCACCACCCUGAUCUAUAAUUUUAGUUACCCAAUCAAAAAAAUCAAUAAGAUUAGUUUGGCAUGAUCUCCCUGAAGUAAACCCAUGUUGUCUCUGAUCUUGAAAUCCAUGUGUUUUUAGAUGUUCAUCAAUCCUAUCCUUUAACAUGGUUUCCAUCACUUUCCCCACUACUGAAGUAAGGCUUACUGGCCUAUAGUUGCCCGACUCCUCCCUAUUACCUUUCUUGUAAAUGGGCACAACAUUCGCUAACUUCCAAUCUUCUGGGACUACUCCUGUUAACAAUGAUUGGUUAAAUAAAUCUGUUAAUGCUUUUGCUAGUACACCACUAAGCUCUUUUAAUAGCUUUGGGUGUAUUCCAUCAGGUCCCAUUGACUUAUUUGUCUUUACUUUUGACAGUUGAAAUAGAACCUCUUCCUCUGUAAACUCACGUGUAAUAAAUGACUCAUUUAUCCUUUUUCUCAACUGAGGUCCCUUUCCUUCAUUUUCAUCUGUAAAUACAGAACAAAAAUAUUCAUUGAGGCAGUCAGCUAGACCUUUAUCCUCUUCUACAUACCUUCCUUCUUUUGUUUUUAAUCUAACUAAUCCUUGUUUUACUUUUCUUUUCUCAUUUAUGUAUCUAAAAAUGUUUUAUCCCCCUUUUUUACUGACUGUGCUAUUUUUUCUUCUGUGUGUGAUUUGGAAGCUCUUAUAACUUGCUUAGCCUCUUUCUGCCUAAUCUUAUAGAUCAUUUUGUCUUCCUCACUCUGGGUUUUUUUAUAAUUCCUAAAUGCUAACUUUUUGUUUUUAACUAUUUUGGCCACAUCUGCGGAGUACCACAGUGGUUUCUUGAAUUUUUUGCUUUUACUGACAAGCCUAAUGCAAUUUUCUGUUGCCUUCAAUAGUGCAACUUUUAAAUAAUCCCAUUUCUCUUGGACUCCAUUUAAAUUGCUCCAGUCUGAUAAUGACUCCUCUACCCAUAUUCUAAUUUUAGAAAAGUCUGUUUUUCUAAAGUCUAAAACUUUUGUUUUUGUGUGGUGUGACUCAGUCACUGUUCUUAUAUUAAACCACACUGACUGAUGAUCACUGGAUCCUAAACUUUCACCUACAGUAAUAUCUGAUACCAAAUCUCCAUUUGUUAACACUAUAUCUAGUAUGGCCUCUUUACGUGUUGGCUCCUCAACAACUUGUUUUAGAGACAAUCCCAGUAGGGAGUUUAGAAUAUGUGUGCUCCUAUCAGGAAGAUUAAAGUCACCCAUGAUGAUAACUUCCCCCUUCAUUGUCAUUUUAGCUAUUUCCUCAACUAGUAGAUUAUCUAACUCUUCAAUUUGUCCUGGGGGCCUAUAAAUCACACCUACACGAGUUACUGUGUGAUUACCAAAUUCUAACGUAGCCCAAACGGACUCUAUGUUUGCCUCACUAACUUUUAUUAGGCUAGAUUUUAUGCUAUCCUUCACUUACAAGGCCACCCCUCCCCCUUUCUUGCCUUCCCUAUCUUUCCUAUAUAAAGAGUACCCUGGUAUUGCUAUGUCCCAGUUAUUUUUCUCAUUGUACCAUGUCUCAGUAACAGCGACUAAAUCUACACUAUCAGUUGCCAUUAUUGCCACAAGUUCAUGGAUCUUAUUCCCUAAACUGCGAGCAUUUGUAGACAUGACUCUAAGCUUAUCAUUUUUUAACACACUUGCUACAGGCACCUUCUGUCCUUGUUUUGGGGGACAAUUGGAUUGAUGUUUUAUCACCCUUUUGCCCCCCCCUCCUAGUUUAAAUACAUCCUAGCAAAACCUCUGAACUGCUCACUGAGAACAUUUGUUCCCUUUUGAGAAAGAUGCAAACCAUCUUUUUUGUACAGCUUAUCUCCAUUCCAAACAGAGCUACCAUGAUAAAUAAAGCCAAAUCCUUGCUCCCGACACCAUUCACCAAGCCACAAAUUAAAGUCCCUAAUACGCAUCCGCCUGUCGUUCUGAGUGUUAUGCACAGGCAGAACUUCAGAGAAUGACAGUGUGGAAGCAACCUGCCGUAUAUCAUUGGCAAAAACACUAAAAACUUCCUUAACCUCUGAAACCUCAUUGCAAGCCAAGUCAUUUGUCCCUAGAUGGACAAGUACAUCCAAUUCCCCUUCCUGCUUUGCUUGCUUAACAAUAUUACAGAUACGUCUCCUGUCUCUGUGAGCAGUAGCUCCGGGAAGACACCUCACAAGACCACCAUUGUCCAUCUCCACACCUCUUAUAAUGGAAUCCCCCAACAACAACUGCUUUCUAUUAGGCCUCACCAUAGUCUCCAAGCCGGUCUCCACAACACCACUAGCCAGUGCCUCUCUCCACAACACCACUAGCCUCAGUGCCUCUCUCCACAACACCAUUACACUCUGAAAGUGCAGAAAAUGAAUUAUGAAGAGCAACAGACUGUGCAAAAUGCCUUUUAUCCACAACUCUAAGUCUACCAGAUCCUACAGUAAUCCAUCUGCCAUUCCUAGUAUGUCUCUGCGGCAGUGGCUUUGCAGCAGUUCCAGUCUGAGUUUGUUCACCAGAUAAUUUACAAAUCUCAGACUUCAAAAAUACAAUCUCCUGCCGCAAGAUAGAGAACUGUCUACAGAUUAGACAACAACCAAACCUCCAAAAAGUGGAACGUGAAACAAAUGCAUAGCAAUUGUUACACUGAACUAAGUCUGCCAUUCCAUUUAGGAGAAUAAUUUAAAUCUAACAAAUCUUAACUUUGUAUUUAUCCUCCUGAAUACCUCAGAUUACCUCCAGUUUCUCUCCAGAAUAUCUCCAACUACACACUUAGAAACAGCACUUAGAAGUAGCGACAAGCUAAUGACAACAAGCCUUAUAUAACUCCUAAAAUCACCACCCACUAGGAAUGUUUAACACCUGGGUAGGCCUCUGCUUAUAUGCAAACAAUAGCUAAUUAACCAGCAAUCAAUGCAAGUAACUAGCUUAAUCAAAUCAAAUGCCUUAUAAUUACCAACAGGAAUUCAAACCUUGUGCAAUCAGUAACCUUUUCCUACUGAUGAAUCUUACCUGUAACAGUAGAAAAGAAAGCUCUUAGCACAACUCUUAGACAGUUGAAGCUUCUGUAAAACUCUCCAGAAUAUCUCCAACUACACACUUAGAAACAGCACUUAAAAGUAGCACCAAGCUAUAUUAGACAAGCUAAUGACAACAAGCCUUAUAUAACUCCUAAAAUCACCACCCACUAGGAAUGUUUAACACCUGGGUAGGCCUCUGCUUAUUUGCAAACAAUAGCUAAUUAACCAUUAUUCCAUACGUACAGAGAAAAUACAAAAUCACACCCAUAUUACAAUGAUUAUCAUCCAAUUAUUAGGUUAACACUUAUCUCUUACAUAUAUUAACUGUUAUUAUUAUUGCCAUUUAUGUAGCGCCAACAGAUUCCAUAGCGCUUACUGGUAGGAAUUCCCGGCAUUCCACACAUGUGCCCUGGUCCUAGAUGUGUACAUAGUAGCUUUAGCCAUUUGAGUGCCAGAGGUUUUUCUAAAGCAUUCUGUAGCUUCUGCGACACUAGGAGGGGUUUGCUCCAACCAAAACCAGUGUUUUCUUAAAACAUAGUUAGUUGGUUGGAGUAACCAUUUAAAGUCAAGCCUGCUAAUUGAGGUUGGCCAUAUGGAGAGUCCUGCAAAAGAGCUAUCGGAAGAGAUUCUAGUUCUAAGACAGUUGAGAGGCAUGUGACUGCUGGCGACUCUAGCAGCCUAUGUAUAACUGCUCAUCAGAGGAUAAAAUGGCACAUUUCUCAAAAACCUAGUGUAUUCUUUAUUAACAUUUAUAAAGUGAUUAUUUUGCAUGGUUUCAUUUUGUCAGAUUGCUUUCACAUAUUGCCGGUCCACUUGAUAUAUUUACAAAUAUCACAACCAGAUAUAGCUACUAUUUCUUUUCUUCACUGGUUUUACUACCUUUUAUUUAUGCUACCUACGUGCAUUUCCUAUGUUUAAUUGAGUAAUCUAUAACCACUUCGGACAUACGUGUUCUCGUAUAGUAAAUAUAAAGAUGUAUAGUCUGUUUAAACAGAAUUAUGGCUGAUUUGUUCAUUCUAUUUGUGAGGAAGUGAGGGAGGGAUAUACAUGACCUUUUAAUACCUGCUGCUAUGAGCUGCUGAAUGUUACAACUAGUGUCUCAGAAUGUAUAAUGCUGAAAUAUGCAGUCUCUAAAGACUACAUUUAGUUAUACAGUGCCAAGGUUAUUAGCCUCGUAAUAAUGCAAAAUAAAAUAUGGCUACAAAAUUAAAGUUAAUUAAGGAGGCAACUUAAAUAGUAUAGAAAAUUAAGCCAUGACAUUGCAAACCACAAGAAUGGCUGAAUUUUAUUGAAAAACCUUUUAAAAAAAUGUUUAUUUCUUGUGAUUCCUAAAGGGACACUUCACUGUCCAAAUAAAAUAAAAAUAUUAAUCACUGUUUAGUUGAUAUACCUGUAAUGAAAGCGUGCAUGCAUGCAAAUAUGCAUUUUUUUUUCUAUGGGGUUUAUCUAAAAAUAGCUUGCAAAAGCUGCAAAUCUUGUCUGCUGCCUUUUGCAAGCCCUCCCUUUCCAACAGAGCUCAGACUUUCUGUGGCUGCCCAGAUAUAGACUUACCAAUGCAGCUCAAUGAGAAGUCUUUGCAAAGCAGGUGCUCUGAGCAAUAGCCUGCCUCUAGAGCAGCGGUCAGCAACCUACGGCACAUGUGCCAUGCAUGGCGCUCAAGGUGCCUUUGCAUGGCACUCAAGGUUCCCAGAGCCAAACAGGCAUUGGCCUGUCAGAUAUCUGCCAGUGCAAACUAAGUGGGGAUUGCAGUUGGUGAGGGGCAAUCCUUAAUUUACCCAUUGCAGCGCUUAGAUGAUCUUGAAGUAUGAACAGGUACAUGCACUGGAGUAAAGCAGCCCACAGCAGCUAUCACAGAUUUUGACCUGCACCUGGCCAACCCGGUGCCCACUGGAUCCCAGACAAGCCACCCACACUGGUAGAUAUACACAGAGCUGCAAAAGAAGCCUUCCUCUUAUAAAAAUAAUAUAAAUAGCACACACACACGCACAAUCCCCACAACCACAACACCACUGACCAUUCACAUACAUGCACACAACCUGACAAGCAGCCCCACACAUGCAAUACUCCAAGAAGCCCCACACAUAAACAUACUACCAGACACACAAUGUGACAUAUCCACACACACAGUUCCACAAGCAGUCCCCAUACACAGCCCACAUUUAUAGGUAUCAUACACAAUAGCACAAACUCGUGAACAUACACAAUAUAACGCACACACACAAAUACAAUGGUACAAAGCAACUGCAGCACCAAUAAAUAACACAAGCAGAAUACAGUAACACACAUCUCAAUUUAAAAAAAUAGGACCGGCACACCAAGGGACUUCAAGAUCUUGUUUUGGCACAGUAUUACUAAAAGGUUGCCUACCCUUGCUUUAGAGUUUAGUUACACUGACAACCAUGGGAGGUGUAACAAGGUUAAUUUAUAAAAGUUCAAUUUUCUAUUGAAUUCUGCACUUUUUGUAAAAUGAAAAAAAGAGGACACACUUCACACAUAAAGCUCUCCAACAAGCUAAAGUGCUUUAAGGUGCUGCAGUAGUCUCAGCUAACAAUAAACUAAAGUCCAUUCUUAUGCUGUUUAUCCAAAAGAAGGCCAAAACCCGAUUGUAGCGAUUUUCCAAUUUUGCCACAAAAAAGAGAAAAAAUCCUUCUUGACUCCAUAAUGGCCAUCAGAUAAAUCCUUGGAUCAAUAACCUGUUUACAUACAUAUUAAUUACAUAGUUACAUAGCUGAAAAGAGACUUGCGUUCAUAAAGUUCAGCCUUCCUCUCACAUAUGGUUUUUGCUGUUGAUUCAAAAGAAGCCAACAAAAAAACCCAGUCUGAAGCGCUUCCAAUUUUGCAACAAACUAGGAAAAAAUUCCUUCUUGACCCCAAAACAGCAGUCAGAUAUCUCCUUGGAUCAAGCAGCUAUUACCCCACUAAUUAGAAAUGAUAUCCUAUAUGUUAUGUUUUUGCAAGUAUUUAUCCAAUUGCAGUUUAAACAUCUGUAAUGACUCUGACAAAACCAUCUCUUCAAGCAAAGAAUUCCAUAUCCUUAUUACUCUUACUGUAAAAAAAACCUUGUCUUUGCCUUAGAUGAAAUCUCCUUUCUUCCAUCCUAAAUGCGUGACUUCGUGUCCAUAGCCCUGUUAAUUAAUAGAUUUCCAGAUAAUGGUUUGUACUGGCCCAGAAUAUAUAUGUAUAAUGUUAUCAUAUCACCAGUGAGGCACCGUUUUCCCAAACCAUAGAGAUUGAAAAUUUUUAACCUUUCUUCGUAACUAAAAGGCUACAUUCCUUUUAUCAAUUUUGUAGCUCGUCUUUGCACUAUUUCUAGUGCCAUGAUAUCCUUCUUUAGAACAGGUGCCCAAAGUUGCACAGCAUAUUCAAGGUGUGGUCUUACCAGCGAUUUAUAAAAAGGCAAAAUUAUAUUUUCAUCCCGAGAAUUUAUGCCCCUAUUUAUACAUGACAAAACCUUACUGGCCUUAGCAACUGCAUAGAAACAUAGAAUGUGACGGCAGAUAAGAACCAUUCGGCCCAUCUAGUCUGCCCAAUAAAAACUGCAGAUUGACAUUGCAUAUUGCUGCCUAAUUUGUUGUCUUUAAAAAAAUCCUUCUCGUGUGUGGUGUGUGGAAUUGUAUACUUGAAUAUUCUGUUCUUGCAAAAAGACAUCCAAGCCUUUUUUUAAAAUAUCUAUAGAAUCUGAUGUCAACCUCUUUAGGUAAAUAAAGUCCACAUCUUUAUUUUCUUACUGUAUAGAACCAUUUCCACUGCCGUAAGCGAAAAUACCUUUCUUCCAGUCUCAAUGGGUGACCAUGUCUGUUGUAAAUUUCUACUAAUGAACAGGUUAGCAAAUAGCAGUUUGUACUGACCCUGUAUAUAUUUGUAUAGUGCUAUCGUAUCCCCUCAGAGGUGCCUUUUUUCAUAAGUAACUAAAUGCAGUAUUUCUAGCCUUUCUUCAUAACUAAUGUUUUCCAUCCAUCUUACUAAUUCUGUAGCUCACCUUUACACUAUUUCUAGUUCCGCAAUAUUUUUUGUUAAAACUGGUGUCCAAGAUUGCAUAGCAUAUUCAGGGUGGAGUCUUACCCCUGAUUUAUAAAGAGGAAAGAUUAUGUUUUGAUCACGUGAAUCAAUACCCCCUUUUAUACAUGAAUGCACGUUACUAGCUAUUGCAAGACAGACUGGCUUUGCAUACUGUUGCCUAGUUUGUGAUAUAUAAUUGUUCACAAGUCCUUUUCUUUUAUUGUUAUCCCAACUCCAUUUAAUGUAUAAGUGGCUUGUGUGUUCCUUCUUCCAAAAUGCAUGGCUUUGCAAAUAUCUGUGUUGACUCUCAUCUGCCACUUGCCUGCCUAGUCUCAUAAUGUAUCCAAAUCCCGCUGUAGAGAAGUUACAUCAUGUUCAGACUGUAUUAUCUUACCUAGUUUUGUGGCCUCUGCAAGCACCGACUAAUGACUUUAAUUUCCCAAUUUGAGAUUGUCAUGAUUACUAUAUGACCCAACACGCAAAACUAUGUAACAUAUAAAAAUACAGAAAAUGAAGAAGUACAACGUAUACUAGGCUUUAGAAUGGCCAGACCUAACGUAAAAGAGACUGGUUAAAACACAAGCCGAGGUCAGGGACACAGAAAGAGAUAGAUCAAAGAAACUAGCCAAAGGUCAAGGAUACCAGAAAGAGGGAAAGUCAAAAUGCAAGUUAAAGUCAAAUACCAAAAAGAGAUCAAGAACAAGAACCCACUCUCUGGUUUAAAAUAGACCCACUCUCUGGUUUAAAUAGGCCUCUCUAAUCACUGAUUGGCCAAAUUGUGACGUCGCACGCACAUCGGUGCCAUCUUUGUUGUGGACGGAGGUAAGUAAUUUAUUUAAAUGGGAACCGCAGCGGUCGGCAUCUCCUAGAACUCUUCUCCGGCUGGAACGCUAGAGAAUCAGACAGCGAUCCGCCGUGACCCAUGUAAGUUUAGUUAAUCUAUUUCGGAGUGGCCGCACUGAGCAUGUGCGGUCAUGCCAACAGAAGAACAGGGAGCAGUGACAGAGAUAAUUAAAAAAUUAGAUUAAAGAGUAAUGGCCCAAUGACAGAACCAUGAGGUACUCCACUUACCACUUUUGUCUAGUUUGAAAAUGUUCCUACUGGCUGCACUCUAUCUUUAAACCGGUGUUUUAUCCUAGCAAAAAAAAGUUUAGUAGUCUUUUGUGUGGAACUAUAUCAAAUGCCAUAGCAAAAUCCAAGCAAAUCACAUCUACUGGAUCACCCUGGUCUAUAUUUCUACUAACUUCUUCAUUGUUGUUAUUAUUAUUAUUAUUAUUGGUAUUUAUUUAGCGCCAGCUAACUCAGCAGUGCUUUACAAUAUUAUGACAGGGGGGAAAUUUACAAUAAAUGAGACAAUUAAACAGUGACAAUAGGUAGAUGAAGGCCCUGCUCAAAAGAGCUUACGGUCUAGAACACAAUUAGUUAUUUUUGCGUUACCUGUCUUUCAUAAAACCAUGUUGAUUCCUGCUAAUAUUAUUGUUCAAAAUUAAUUCUUGAAUAUUAUCCAUUAAAAUAAUUUCCCAAUCACAGAUGGUAAGCUAACGGGUCUGUAGUUUCCGGGUUGAGCUUUUGAACGCUUAUUAAAUAUAGGCACCACAUCUGCUUUCCUUAAAUACUCUGGUACAAUUCCUGAAAGAAAAGAAUCCUGAAAAAUUUAAAACAGUUGUAUGGAUAUUAAGUUUCCUAAGCAUGCGUGGGUGAAUACCAUCUGACCAUGAGGAUUUUUUUUUUUUAUUCUUUAUUUUAGUAGUGCAGAUAAUCACAAUAUUUCAACAAGCGCCACAACAGCGCAUUUCAAGUUUCAUACAUGGCAGUGGCAUGAUAAUUUGCACAAUUUUUAUAUUUAACAGGCUUAACUAAACCGUUGAUUUGUCCGAAUAAGAUGGAGUGAGAUAAAAUUAAUUAAUGAUGCUGGUUGUUUAACAUUGCUAGGUCACCUAUGCUACAUGUGCACCAUGUAAUGUUUUAUCAUGAGUAUAAUAGUAGAUCAAAGGUUAGGUAAGUAGGUGUGUUGAGUGCAGUAGCUAGCAAGGUUAACAUGUCAAGAUAUAAACCAGUAUAACAUUAGGUUCUAUUCUAACCUGUGUGCUAGGUAGUAGACAUAUAUAUAUAUAUAUAUAUAUAUAUAUAUAUAUAGUGACUUUCAGGCAUAAAAAUGGCUUGGAUGUGGUGCUUAUGUAUGUGGAUUGAAAAAUCUGCUGAGUUCAGGAAUUCGGUUUUAGCAAACACCGCAUCACUUUUAAAUUUUAUGAGCCAUAGAGUGGAUAGAUUGAUAGGUAAGGGAAGACAGUGGGUUUAAUAUCAUGCUGGGCAGAUGUCUUGUAUAUGCAAAACAGUACUAUUUACAAGAUUUUUCUAGUGCCCCUGUGGUUAUAAUGCCUGGGUAGUAACAAUGAUACUUUUAUAGUUUGAAUCUAAAGCUCUACAUUUCUAUGCUAUAUUACUCGCUGCAAUUAAGUUCACCAGGUACAAGCAGACUACUGAGCACUGUGCGUGUCUCCAUGCAGGUCCAGGCGCAAACGAUGGUAAGUGUCCUCAGCCUACUCCGCAUGGCGGGAUAGUGCGGUGUUCUUGGGGAAUCAGUUCAUCAGGUCGCAAUGGGGGACCUUGUCCAUCCCACUCUCGAGUAAGGGUCAGCUAGCUGGUUCUUCUGUGGCAGGAGGACUUUUUGCGUGCCUGGGCUUGGAUUGUUUCCAGUUGCUCACGGUCUCGCAGAGUCUGCAUGCCACCCGUCUUUGGCCUGAGGCCUUAGAGGGAACCUGUGCCGUCGUGCCAUAGAUCCUGUUUUGAGGGUAAUGGGCCCAGGGUGCUUGCGGUUUUUGGGUGGCUCCCUGGGUGUAUGGCCGGCAUUGGAGAGAUGCCUCCAUGUGGGUACCCAGCCCAGAAGAAGUACACGUGGCGGGAACUGCCGCAUCGUCCAUGUGCAUGGCUGUGUUUCUUGGUUUGGUGGGGCUAGUCGCUGAUAGGGUUACUGUCUGGGGCUGUGUCUGCUUUGCCCGAGCAGCUAUCCUACUCCAGAAUGCUGCGCAUAGCUUGUCGAAGGUGGCGUUAAAUUUGUCUUCCCAUGUCGUUUCAGGAUGUUCCCUUGCUCCAUUGGCAAAUGUUGGUUGAGGCCUGGGAGCGGGAAGCGGCGUCAUAUUGUGAUGCAGUAUUCUCAGCUGCCUUUUCUCCAGCAGGGACCAGGAUUACCUCCAUCGGUCCAGAGGGGGGGAACGGGUUGCUUGUGUUUGCCCGGCAGUCCCGGGUUGGAGGAUUGGCAGUUUCCUCCUCCCACGGGUCCCUCCGGCUGAGUAGGCCUCAGGAGUGGCGUUUGGCUUCUGAGCGGCAGGGGUGAGUCUCCGGAGUCGUCUAGUAGUGCUCCCCAUUGGUUAUUUGUAGUGUACAUUCUCGUUGAGUGCUGUUUUGGGGGUAGCAUCGUAGUUUGUGCCCGGUUUAGCUGAGUUUGUGUGGGGAGCUCACCCCGCACAAGUCUGUCGGCCAUGCUGGUCAGGCCCCGCCCCCACAUGGGGAUUUGUUGACUUAUUUAAGCUGUAGCAAUAUUUAAUGAUUUUACACUAUGGAUAAGUACUAGGCUUUCCUAUCUUGUACAGAACUGGCUAAGAAUUGCAGGCCUUUUGAGUUUAUUCUGUAGCUGUGUACAAUUCUUUGAGGGGUUUUUUCGUUAUCCUGUUUUACUGUUAUCAUAAUUUAGAGUUGUGCUACAAUAGAACUUGCUCGAUUUUCUUUAAGCCGCUUGUAUGUAGGAGUCAGACAAAAGUCUAAAAAAUAGCACAAUUAUAGGUAUAUAUUUAGGAAAUAUGAACUUUUUUUUGUUAGGUUCAAAGUACAUUUACAGGGUUAUCUACUAAAGUGAGAAUUCAAGAGUAGCUGAACUGGAAGCACAGCUGACUUAGAGAAUGUUUCCAGUUUGGCUAGUUUGACUUUAAAUUUGAAAUUCAUUUUGAAUUCACCUUGAAUUCUCAUUUUAGUGAAUAUGCCUGUUUGGGUUAACAUUUUGGAGUAAAAAUGACCAAUUGCAUCAUUGUUGCAUUUAGAAUUAGAUUUAUCCCUAAAUAAAAUUAAACUAAAUAGACCCUAAAAUGAAGCUAAUUCCAAUCGUAAUUUGGGUUGACCAAAUAGAAUUGCAUUUUACAUUUCAAAUUCUGUCCGCAUUUGGUCAGUAGGGUUAUCUCCUAGUCAUCAAUCGUCUUUUUAUUUUGGCUCUACAGACAGAACACAAAUCAAACAAAUGUGUUCAUCCAUUGCCCAUGUCGUUUGUUUCGGGAUACAUCCAUAAGCCACUUCAGAGUUACAGAAUCACACGACCAUCUGAUCGUCCAAAAUGCGGAUGAAUUGCAAUUCAUUUGAAACCAAGUGUGCAAGUCAGGCACUCACUAUCACUACUACCGCUAAUAUAUUUAGCCAUUGAUGUGUGGUUGCAUACUUCCCUGGUAUCUAGUAGGAAUGAGCUGAUGCUAUGGCAGCAGAGACAGCUUCAUAGCUUGUUUGAGAUUCUGCAUGUAUGUAUGAUGGGAUAGGUUUGUUUUUUUAUCAUAGAGUCAUAAAAAACAUUAUUCUAAAAUUCACGCUUUUUAUACAAAUUAUAUGGAGAACAAUGAAUUGCUUGUAAUGAAGUUGUUGUAGAACCUUUACUUAUUUUUUUAAUUUUUUUUUUUUUUAUAGUUACAAGGCAUUCGGAUAUACUGCACAAUUUUUCAAUGUAAUGUAAAGUACAGGCUACACAUAACCUGUCUAGAUUAACUAUUAAGAGAGAUACUAAGCUAUGCAAAGUCAUGGUAAUAAAAGUAUUAAGGUAGGUUGUGAAACAUGCUUAUGUUACUGAGGUAUAGUAUUCAAGAACUAAGUUAUAUGAUGUGCUAGCUUUGUGUUAAGCUACACUAAGCAAACGUUAAACUCAUCCAGCGAUAACAAGUAAGCUUGAGUGCCACUGGGGUUCACCUCACCAGUCAGGUAGUUAAACUAAAAAGAAAAGAAAAGACAGGGAAGGGAAAGCAAUAUGGAGACGCAAUGUGUCCCUGCAUUAACGGGAGUGGCUGGUGAUUAACAGGAGGACUAUGUCUCAGGUCUAUCCCACACCACAUGUAGGCCAUGCUAGACAGUCUGUAACCCUGCUUGGACUAGUAUCGGUAUGUGCCUCCAUGCUGUGUUCUCCCUUCAGCCUGCUCUGCAGUUCCUGAAUCCCAUGCUUUAAUAGGAGCUUUAUCAACAUCUCCAGGGAUCUUUCUGCGGCGUGCAGCAGGUUUACGGACCCGUGAGAUCUUCGGAGUACGGAGAGCACGUUGUGGGAUCGGGCGAUCAGUAGGUAGUGCCUCCACAUGGGUGCCCAGCCCGGAGUGGGGUCGGCGCUCCAGUCUGGAGGUAUGGGUCAUAGAUUCCACAGACAGGGUGAUUGCAGAGUUUCGGCUCUCAAUUCGCCUCCAGAAUUCUUGACAUAGCUGUUUAAAGCUUGUUUCAAAGCUUUCUCUCCAAGUCUGAAGUGAGGUGCUCUUCAGUAAGGGAGCGUGUUGAGGUGCAGCGACCAUGUUGGGCCUGCCAUGCGGUGUUCGGACAACUCAGAGAUUCUGUAGCAGGGGAGAGGUGAGUGCCUCCAGUGGGGACCGGGAUAUCCCCCACCGGUCCAUAGGGGGGGUUGUGGGGCUGCAGGAUGGUUGUCACGCUGAGCUGGCUCCGCGCCGGGGGGUCGGCCCCAUCCCCCUGUCGCCAGGCCGCCAGCCAGAUUAGGCCACAUGUGCUUGCAGUAGCAGAAGGCAGCAGAACGUCCCAAAUUGUAUUUCCACAGGGUCCCACUCAGUUUCUGGCUAUCCAAAGCUCGGAUGAGGAUUCCAGCGGUAUGAUUGUGCACAAUAAAAGCUUAUUUCAGAGGCAUGUGUGCAGGAGCACUUAGAGUGCACGUCCGGCCAUCUUGGCUGCCAGGCCCCGCCCCUAACCUUUACAUUUGUAUUUUUAUAGAAGCUACGCUGAUCACUAAUUUGUGAAUGUCUUCUAGGAUGGAGGGAAAAGGAGAGUACAUUCUCCCAACUGAAACACGAUAUGAAGGAGACAUGAAAGAUGGAAUGUUUCAUGGACAAGGAACGUUGUAUUUUCCAAAUGGGAGCAAAUAUGAGGCUCAGUGGGACUGCGGCAUUGCACAUGAGGUAGAUAUAUAAUAAUGGAUUAUGCAGGCUUCUGUUUUUUGAAGCAUAUUUUUUAAAGUACCUUGUUUGCCCAAGAUAGGACUGCAUUUAAAAAUGUAUAGCUGUAUCAUAUUCUUUCUGAUUUUAUCAUCCAGUGACAUGUUUCUUUGGGUCAAUUGGUUACAAAUAAAACAUUUUUACGAGUGCAUGCAAGCAUGUGUGCUAGAAUGUCCUCUACACAAGUUUUUUAUAGACCUCUUGCACAUGUUCAUAACAGACUAGACUAGAGGCACACAUGCCUUUAAGUUAAAUCCCUUUGCAUGUUGUGCCCUGAAGUUUAACUUGACAAUUUUGCUAGAACAUAAAUAUUAAAGGACCACUAUAGUGCCAGGAAAACAAACUCGUUUUUCUGGCACUAUAGUGUUAAUAGGUCCCCCCCACCUAUGCAAAUGCAGAUUCCACAAGAAAACAAACAUAAGCCAGACUUUGCAAAAUAGUGCUGUAGAUAUAUAUUGUAUAUUGAAUAUCACUGUGAUGAUGUAUAUUAUUUGUGCCAUCAUGAAUUAAUAAUUUGCAUUGAUAUUUGGUAUGCAUAUCAGCUAAUUAUGCAGUUUUUGCCCUUACUUGCCUUUCCAGAUUUUGUUUAAAGAAAUUCCAAUGGAAAAUAUUGUCUGUUUUCCAAUAAAUAUGCUGUAUUUAUUAAGAAUCAUGUAUGAUAAGUCUGCCAUAAGAUUAUUAUGUUUUUUACUUCAAGCUGUGCAAUAGCAGUACUGAAAAAUGUAUUUGACUGAGCCACUGACCUGUGUUAAGUUUUGUCAACUUGACAUUAUACAUAAAAAAAAAUCAAUCCCUAUUUUUCCUUAAAGUCAAUUGAAACGUACCUUUGUCCUGUUGUUUCCGCUUCUCUUUCUCUUUUAGAAUUUGUUUUCUUUUCUUAAUUUCUGAUAUACAUACUUUUUUAAAACAUAAGACAAAGUAGGGACUAAAGUGUCUUAUGUAUUUUUCCUAUCCCUGACAAAUCUUGACAAAGGGUGGUGCUUAAGGCAAGCUCCACUUCCCUUGUUAGCUUGACAAACUAAAGUCUGAGAGAGGAAGAGAAGAGGAAACAAUAGGAGAAAGUUAAGUUUGAGGUGACAGAGCCACUUUAACUAAAAAAAGACAGAAAAAAGAAAAAGCAAAGAAAUUUAUAGACGCAACAAAAAAUAUAUUUUGAGGUGACAGUUGCUUUAAAGGUAUUGUCACUUGUGGGAUUUUUUUUUUCUUCAAAGUUGACAUGCUUGAUGAUGGCCAGAGAGAAGAAAUUAGGAGAUAUACUCAUCUGAAGUUUGCUCUCCUCAGUGCCAGCAUAUUUCUUUCAUAAUUUGUUAUUCAACUGCUGGUGGCUUCACCUGCUCAGUGCUGCAGGCCUGAAGGUAGAAGAUCGCCUAAGACUGUACAAUUUUCCAUUGGUUAUCUAACAUUUGUGCAGUGAGAUGCCUUAGCAAAGCUGUAAAAUAGCUGCAGACAGUCCUUCUUUUGUCAAUGAUUACCGGAGACUGGCAAUUACAUAAGACAACGUAGUCCCUAAUCUUCUAAUUAAGUUGGAAUUUCAAAUAAAUACAGGAUGGGAGAGGGAACUGAACAAGGAGGAUAGUGUUGAGGAGUGGCAUGGGCUUCUUUUGGUGCUACGGGGAAUAACAGUCUGUGGCACUUUUGGAAUCUCAUUAUAAACUUCUCUACAGAUGGUACUUGACUCCCUCCAUGCUAUUUAAAAAACAUUUAUCUAGAACUAAUACACACUGGAGGAAGUGUGGGCAGGUAGGUACAUUAUUCCACAUCUUUUGGUCCUGUCCUAAGCUGAACACCUACUGCCAUAACAUUAAUACACUAAUACACACCAUUACAGAUCAAGUUCAUACUAUUUCACCAGAACUGUAUCUCCUGAAGAAACUCCCAGACCAUUUGUCACCGAAAUAAUUUUGACUCAUCUCUUGGUUUCGGCAACUUCAGUUCUCCCUCAGUAUUGGAAGGCUGAUACCAUUCCAUCUAUGACUGAGGUAUUGCGCAAUGUUUUUGAAACCAAAAGGUCUGAGUUGGCCUUUAGACUUGCACCAGACCGGAUGGUAAAAUAUUAUUUUGAUUUUAUUCUUUAAUAAAUAUGCCAACAUUUUAAGACAAAUAUGACAUUUUAAUUUUACCACUGUUAUAUAUUACUUUUAUAGUAUUGCUUUAAUAUAUUCCUAAAAUAUAUUAUUGGAUAAUAGUUAUUCAUUGUAUCCCCCCCAAUUUUUUGGUUACAAUUAUUUUCUCUUCUGUAUUGUUAUUGAAAAAUGUAUUAAUAAAAACUAUUUAAAAUAAUUUCAAAUACUUUUAAAUACAGUAAAAAAGACCUUUUCUUACAGUUUCUAUCUUUAUGAAAAACUCAAAAGUGACAAAGCCACUUUAAAGUUACCUUCCACAGGUGUUUUUAUUGCUCAAAUUACCUUUUCUGUAGUAUAGAAUUUAUCUAAUAUGAUUUGAAACAGAUGUAUAAAGUGAUGUAAAUUACACAGGAUUACCCCUAACCUGCCAAAGACAAUAAUGAAAAGUAAAAAAUAAAAGCUCGGCUAAAUUCACUUACACAAGUUACACUUGUGUCAUUUUUUUCAUUUUGCAAAUGUAUUGAUUUCUAUGUACAUAUUAUUGGUCAAUAUUAAAAGAUCUGGAUGUUAAAGUAUGCUUUUACUUAUAAGGCUUUAUAACAUUCAAUCAGACACAGUGCUGUAAAUGUUACCUACUUAUAUAUGUGCUAUUUAACCAUUUCAAGAUUUCUAUCCCUAUGGUUCAUUACACAAAUAUUUAUUUUUGCAGGGAACAUAUACUUUUGCAGAUGGGCUUAAGUAUGAAGAGGAGAAUUGGCCUUACUGUGAUGGCUAUGACAGGAGAUUUUAUACUGAAAUGUGCCACGGACUUAAACCAGCAGGUAGAUUUAAAUGGUACUUGGAUAACUUUAUAUGAGUUAUUUAACUUACAAUAAAAAUUUAUUUCAUAGAUAGAGUGAUCACUACCUGAGUAUAUAAUGAGAUACCAAUCAAAAAAAUUAAUCCACUUUUAUUCAUGUCCCUGUAAAACUGCAAGUAAGGCAAACAUACUGAUUUAAAAAGUAUAAGAAAAAAAUACAAAUACUUAUAUUAGUGAAAACAUGUACAACUGUAUAAUGCAAAAAAACCUUAACUAUAUCAAAAGCUCAUUUUCAGGAUAGUAAGGAGAUAGUGUAUAUAUAAAUGCCAAUAAUAAUAAUAGUGAAACAUAAUUAUAUCAAAUGCUCCUUUUCGGGAUAGUGAGGAGACUAAACUUAUGUUAGUUAUGGCAAACAAUUUUUGAGCAAGAGUGCCAUAUCACCUGCACAAAGUAACAGAACUAAAAGUGCACAGUCACAUAUACAUACAUAGAUACUGACAUACAUACACACACAAGCUGAAUAAACACCACAAACAUCUCAACUGAUAUAAUAACGUCCACAUGCAGUAUUUGUCAUGAACAUCAUCACUCCUAGGUGGGCACGUCACUUAAUUCAGUGUGGGAAAAAAGUGUUAAAUAUCCAUAUUUGUCUGCACUAGACCCACAAUUAAAAAAAAUAAAAAAAUAAAAAUUCUUAACACAACCCACACCUAUUCUGGUACCAAGAUAAUUUAUAAAUAGGGCAUCUUAAGUUACCCCAACAAAAUUAGAAAAAUAUACCUGCAAAACUAUCUAUGAAACCACAGUAUUACAAAGGCAAAACUUAAUAAAGGAACAUUUAUUAUGAACAUAAAAGUAGGUCACAGUGCAUACAAACACAAAACAUGUUACAAACAAUUUUACACCAAACCGACGAAAAGGGAGUAAAUUUACAAAAAAACUCAAGAGAGCUUUUGGUAGGGAAAAUGGAAAUCCACUACUAAUUUGAUUUGGCUUUCAAAAUGGAUUACAAAGUUCUUAGCUUUCAUUAGAUGUUAGAUAGUUACAUGAGCUGAAAAUAGACUUGCGUCCAUCAAGUUCAGCAUUUCUCACAUCAUUUUUUUUUUUUUUCUGUUUAUCCAAAAGUGGGGGAAAAACAGUUUGAAGUGCUUUCCGAUUUUGCAGCAGAGUAGAAAAAACUUCCUUCUCCAUCCCAGAAUAUGAGUCUUUACUUAAAUAUUAAAUCCAUGAGUAUUAUGUUUUUGCAAUAAUUCCUUUAGUCACUGUUUAAAAGCUGUACAGACUAAAAAAAGCACCUCUUCAGGCAGAGAAUGCAACAGAUAUAAAGAGUUACUGUAACUCUUUUUUUAGGUUUAGAUUUAGAAUAUCUUUCUGAGUAUUAUUCAUUAUGACUCUCUAGUAAAUCCCUAUUAAAAUAAGCUGUAAAGUUCCCUAUAAUCCAGCACCAAUCAAAGCUCCCCUUGCUGGAUUCCACACACUGUCUGAUGUUGCAGCCUCCCUCUCUGUGGUCCAUUGGACUGUUUCAAACAGAUAUACUGCACCUAAAGAUUCAUACCAAACAACCAUUUUAAAAACAAUAAGUGCUCAUUGUGUUUGGAUUAACCCUUUAAAUUUGUUAGCCUUUCAUCAUAAAUAAAAUCUUCCAUUCACGUUACUUUUCCUAGUGCCAUAAUAUCUUUCUUUGGAACCGGUGCCUAAAAUUCAAGGUAUAAAAAGUAAAGUUAUAUUUUUGCCCAGAGAAUUAAUGCCCCUGUUUAUGCAUUACAAUACCUUACUGACCUUAGCAACUAUUGAUUGACAUUGGACAUUGUUGCCUAUUUUGUUGUCUAUAACAAUUGCCAAAUCCUUAUCAUGUGUUGUUAUCCCUAAUUCACUACCAUUUAGGGUGUGAUUUAGGGAUUAUUCUAGCCUUGGUGAGGGAAUAAUCUACAUUUUAUUAAAGACAGGAGGCAAAUAUUUGCUCUACCUUCUUUACUGAAACCUCCAGCAGCAAAGAAACAGUUAACAGAAGUUUUCAAAACAACCAAUCAGAACAAAGCAACAGUAGUAUAAAACCCCUAAGCAGGCUCUUCCACUUCCUCUUUCUUUGAUGAAGUCGAGUGGGAGAGCAAGGAAACCAACAAAUCCACCUCUUGCAGACACAUCCAGAGAAACAAUCCAGAGAGAAAACAGAUUACACUGCAAGAAAACAAAAAACAUUGUGAAAGUAAACUGUCAAGGCAAGAUGUCAUAUCCAUGAAGACCUAGUAUGUUCCUAAACUAAAAAGCAUUGACAAAACAUAAUUAAAACUCAAACAUGAUGAAUAAAACACACACGGACAAUCACUGAAUAAUAGAAAUAACCUUUAUUAUGUAAGACCAUGCAUUCACAAAACAUAACAAUAUCCCCAAUUAUUUAUAAUAGAAUAAGACCCAAAUCCAGGGAGGGAACAUAAAAAAAGGGGGGACAAUAUUCGCCUCCUGUCUUUAAUAAAAUUUAGAUUAUUCCCUCACCAAGGCUAGAAUAAUCCCUAAUUUUAUGGCAGGACAGGAGGCUUCAUAUUUGCAAUUUUAACGCCCAAAUAGUAGAACCUGAAGCAAUAUGAGAUAGAGGACUGAAAUAAAAGGAGAAUGAAAAAACAAAUUCCCUAAACCAAGCAGCGGUGUAGAGAAAAUGCAGAGAAACUCUCAAGGUCAGUCAAUGAGAGGAUCGACCAAAUCCAACGGGCGAGCGAAGAUGCAGAAACAGUCCAAAAUGGCCGUAAGCAGAAAUCAACAGCUGUCCAUGAGUAGACGGACGAAAGAAACAGAUCCUGGAUCUACAUGGUCUUGUACAACCUGUCAGAGCCAUGGCCUAUCCGGAGAAUAGGGGUAUGACACAGAGGACGAAUAGAAAUGAAAUGUGUGAAGCAGAAGCCGAUGUACUGAACGGCAAGAAGGAAGAAGACACUACGUCGAUACCAUGACGUCAGAACGCGAUGAAAUAGAAGAUGUACUGGGGAAAACUGUAAGCGGAAAAAACUGGCACAAGUCAAGUCCUUGUCAUCAGGUCUUUCCUCAAGGAAAUGCAGAACACACGAUACCACUAGAAUUGAGGAAUAGCGAGAGAUAGGGCUCCCGUACGGUAUACUCCUCUUGGUAGACUGCAGACCAAGAGAUCCUUAGCAAUGCCAGAAACUUGAGAAAAUGCACAUGAGUCGUCCACUAGCUGACAUAGGACGUGAAUGGCCCCAUACGAUCCUACUCUGAGAGGGCAUCUCAGCCAGACAAUGGGGACAGCCAUGAUAAGGACUGCCAUAGGUACCCAAACACCAGUCGUGGCGAGCUACCCCUGUAGAUCCCACUUGGGACAUUAAGAGACAGGGAGUCGUAGAUUGCCUUCCCAUGGCAAACUCCAGCAAAAAGGGGAAAGCAUGCAGGACUCCUCCGAAGUGGCGUGGCCAGGAGAAAUGAAUUCGGUCUGAAGCAAAGACCAAAGUAUCCUGUAGGUAAACGGGAUGCGUACGCCCCGAAGGAGACCAAGCUUUGAAAACGCAUCCCUCGCCUCGCUGAGGCAUGCAGGACUCCUCCGAAUCGCUCCAUAUGGCAGUUCGCACCGAAUGUAAUCAUGCCAGUACUCGAGACCCUGGAGAGUGAGGCAACCAAUCAUUGGGGUCUCUCCAUGGUCGGGUGAAGCCGUCCGCCACAUGAGUGUCUCGUCCCGCAGACAUUCUGUCACAAAUGAUGAAUACUUGUCCAGAAGCUAUAGAUAGCGAUCCUACGUGAGAUCCGACUGCAGUCCGUAGUGGGCAACCGGUGAAAAGUCCAUGCCGGAAGGUAGCAAGCAAUACUACUUCCCCUGGGGAAGCUGAGAAUGAACAAACCUGCAGGUAGUUCCAUGCAGUUGGCGUGAAGAGGUCCAUCCUCCGGACUCCAGGCCGAAGUUGGUUGGGGUCUGAAACUCCUAGGUAGGCCAGGUCCCCCUAUGUCGGAGUCAUCAAUUAAGUUUUAGAUGAGCUUCGUCCGAAGGUCACAUGAUUCAGUCGUACCAGGCCGAAGACCCGAGAAAGCAUCAUGUUGGAGCGGCUGAUAGUACCGGAUCCUGGAGGUAUGGCCUCCAUGGCGAAUAACAACCGGUCAAUCGACCGGGUUGGGCCCCUAAGUGUGACCCGCGGGUUGCGGAGCAUAUAAACUGGUAUUUUCCUUAAAGACUGACGUCUUGGUCCUCGGGAGGCGGAGCACCGCCUGGACCGAAUAUUCCAUGAAAGACCACAAACUGGGAUGACUGGGAGUGAGUCAGACUCAAUAUGUCCAUGUUGAUGGCGAAACCCAUGCGGGUUUCUCUCAUGUCCAGUUGAGGGAGAGAACCAAUCGUCCAUGCGGAGCAGCUCUCUGAGGAGAUGAGUGCCCUCCGUCUCGAAGUGUCAACAGGCGACAUAUGCACUGGGAGCAUGUAGCGUGGGGAUGGGGCGGGAGUCCACUCCACUGCACCCUUUGCCCAGCAGGGCAACUUCGGAAUGAGCCGGAAUGGACGCCUCUUUUGGUCAUGCGUAUCGCUCAUGGAACGCGCCAAGGUUCCUCAACCUUGAUCCUGAGUCCGGGCACGGUUCGAGAGACCUCUGGGGCUAGUUAAGGGGGAACCCUAUGAAUAGAGACGUGUCAGCUCAAUUUGUACGUAAGGGUAACUCCGAAGAGCAGACCCAGCACUUGGAUGCCAAAUCUGUCAGUUUGAUGUCCAGCUUGGACAGGGGCCGUUUUGCGGUUCAGGGGUAGAAACCAACUAGGCGAUACCUAUAAGUCAUAUCGGUCCAUUCCCAAUGGGAAUUUAGUCUUCUCCGCUUUCCAAGCUGUAACACGCCGUUCGUCCAGAGGAAACCUCUAUGUCCGCGUGUCAUCGACAUCCAGUGGUUAUUCCCGGAUAGAGUGCAAACCCUGUGUCAGGUGUUUGCAGUGUCCUUUCCAGACUCUGUCAUAAAGACUGAUACUCUUGAUGAAUCCAUCCGUUAGCCAAUGAGUACCAGGGGUGCUUGGUGUAGCGUCUAGGAUGGCCGGUGGAGUGUCCCCUGUAAGGUACCGAUGGUUUGUGGCAGUGAGGUCAGCGGGGCGGCAUGAGAACAGGCCAAGUGACCUUCUGGGUACGGGAGAUUUGUCCUUCAGUCAUGAUUGCAUAACUGCCAUAGAGGUAACACUGUCGGAGUGAUACCUGGUGCGGCCAUCUGGGGGUCACCCAGUGUGCAAGAGGGGGUCACCCAACAAGCACAAGCAUACCAUGCAGUAUAGGCCAGCAGGGGAGGGGAUCACCCUCAGUCUGAACAUAAUCGGACACUGUAGGUACAGUAGUGCCGUAGUUGUUAGCCGUAUAAUAAAGUAACCAGACAUUACCGGUCCAGUAGUGCAGACGGCAGGAGGGGGUCACCCUCAUAACCAUAACCGGGCAUUGCAGAUCCAGCAGUGCUGUAGGUAAGAGGGGGUCACCCUCAGUGUGGUAUCAUAGAGGUCUGUACAUCCAGUAGUGUAGUCAGCGUGAGGGGGUCACCCUCAUUAUGGUUAUAACGGGACCCUGUAGGUCCAGUAGAGAAGUCCACAGGAGGGGGUCACUGUCAGUAUCUGCGUAUAGCAGGGCACUGUAAGAACAGAAGCUCAAUCAGUGGGAGGGGUACCCUCUUUUAUGGGAAUACCCGGACGCUGCAGGUCCAGCAGUGCAGACUGUAGGAGGGGUUCACCCUUGGUAUGAUAAUAACAGGACAUUGCCGGAGCAUUAGUGUAGGAAGGAGGAGGGGGUCACCCUCAGCAUUAAUCCUACAGGACGCCGUAGAGCCAGCAGGGUGCUCAUUGGUAGCCAUGUUGCCAGAGGGAGGGGGUCACCCAGCCCACAAUGGUGUCACACGUCCAUUAUUAUGGUCCAGUAGCGGGUAGAGCCACAGAAAUAUGGACGGGGGGAGAGGGAGGGUCACCCCCCCCCCCCGUAAUAACAGGGCUGUAUUUGGGGCCAGUUAGCUUCCCUGAGGGGUAGAAGGGUCCAUACAGCUAGAAGCUGACUCACAGACCACUCAGGUAUUAUAUUAGGAUACACUUUUGAAGUGUAUGUAUUAUGGAAAAAUGUAAGUGCCUUGCAGGAAGGGCAGCAAAUCCUAGGCAGGGAAGCUAGGUGCUGAAAAACAGGCCAUUUAAUUUUAUGAGAAAAAUGACUGAACCUUAAGAGAAAGACUUGAUUAGCAUAUAUCACAUGUGGCAUAGUCUUGUUAAACAAUGAUUUUUGUAAACAAUGAUUUUUUAUUUGAGCAGUAACAUGCCCCUUUAAAUCUGAGAUUCACAUUUAAUUAGUAAGAAAAGCGUGACAAGUCUACUGCUAAGAUAGAGAACCUAGUCACAUUGCAUCAGACAUCAUAGUAAGCUGCAGUUGUGAGCUGUUAGAGUGCCUGGGACAGAUCCUGCUUUCCAGGAUCUGUUACAUAUGCAGCAUGUGAGAAAGGCACAGUAAGUAGGGAGAUAGCUUAGUUUUUCAGCUAUCUUCCCUAAUAUAGGGAGAGGGGAGGGUGGCCACAUGGCCAUCAGGCAGUAGGGCAGUUCGGUGGGUGAGACCGGGCUGUUCGCAACACACGGAGCCCAUGCGGCUCUGAAAAAAUGGCCGUCACUGCGGCUCCACCAAAAUGGCCGCCGCGGCUGCAAAAACCGAGCACGGCCUACCGCGUGGUGAUCGCGUGGCACUGCCACGGUUGAAAAAGCUGCUCAGCAAGCGGCCAGGUGCCGCGGGGAGCAGGUGGGGAAUAAGGGAGAAAGGGUAUCGGCGACAGAGCCCAGCAGGGGAACCCGGGGAGGGGAAACAGAUUACAAGCAGAGCCAAAGCAUCAUAGCAGGGACACCCAUUCCCCAUCCAGCAGAGUGAGAAACUGCAUUAAGUAACCCAGAAUAACAAUAAAUCAAUGUGCAGUAUACAAAAUCUACCAGAUAGCCUAAAUACAGCAACGUAUGUUAACAAGUGAUACAGCAGCUACAUAGCAUGAAGUGGUAUAGGAAAUAACACAGAAUAGACUGCCUAGCUAAACACAGCAAUAGACUGCCUAGAUAAACACAGCAAUAGACUGCCAAGAUAAACACAGCAAAGACUGCCUAGAUAAACACAGCAGACAAACUGUUAAAACAAAUCCAGCAAGAACCCUGCCUAAAUAAAACCAGCAAUUAAGCUGCCUAAACAAACCUAGCAAAUAGACUGAUUAAAUAGACUGUUUAAAUAAACAAGCAGCAUGUAGGAUAAAAAAACAACCAAGAGCAGAGACAACUCUGAGUUGGUGAGUGCUCACCUGGAGGCAGCAGCAAAGAAAGAGGAAGUGGAAGAGCCUGCUUAGGGGUUUUAUACUACUAUUGCUUUGUUCUGAUUGGUUGUUUUGAAAAGUUCUGUUAACUGUUUCUUUGCUGCUGGAGGUUUCAGUAAAGAAGGUAAAGCAAAUAUGAAGCCUCCUGUCCUGCCAUAAAAUUGUUUUUGCAUUCUUCACACAGAAGUGCAAAUCUUUGUUUUUAUCUACCUUAUAUUUCAUCUGCCACUUGAGAGGUCAGUUCUACCUAAAACACUCUGCAUUAAUGUGAUAUCCUGCUCACAUAGUAUUACCUCACUUAGUUUUGUGUCAUCCGCAAACACUGACACAUGCGUUUCAAUGCCCAUUUCAAGAUAAUUUAUUAAUAGAUUAAAUAGAAGUGGUCCCAGAACAGACCCUUGAGGGACACUACUUACCACUUUUUUUCAGCUUGAAAAUUUACCAUUAAUGCCAACUCUCUGUACGCUAACUUUAAGAUAAUGCUCUACCCAAGAACAAUAAUUUUAAUCCAGGCCAAAUUAUUUUAAACAGUAACCUAUUGUAUCAAAUUCUAUCAAAUGCCUUUGGAAAAUCCAAGCAGAUCACAUCUACUGCUUACCCCUGAUCUACACUAGUUCUUACUUCUUAGUAGAAUGCUAUUAAGUUAGUUUGACUUGAUCUAUGUUUAAAACAAACAUUCUGAUUUUUGUUAAUUACAUUGUUCCCAAUGUAUUCCUGGAUAUUAUCCCUUAAUAACCCUUCAAAUUCUUUUCCAGCCACAGAUGUUAACCUUUCAGGCCUAUUAUAUCCGGGCAAAGAUUCUGAACCCUUUUUGAAUAUCGGAACCACCUCUGUCUUUCUCUAGCCCUCCAAUUCGAUUCCUGAAAUAUUAAAAUGAAAGCUUCACUUAUUGCCACGAUAAGCUCCUUAAGUAUUCAUUGAUGAGUACCAUAUGGACCUAGUGCUUUGUUUACAUACUUUUUUAGUUGCUGCAGCUCCUUGUUUUGAGUGAUACCAUCAUUAUUUUUGUAUGUUUUUUUUUGCAACAUUCAUUUGCAUACAUCCUGAAGAAAAAUAAUUAUUUAAAAUGUCUGCCUUUUCCUUAUCUUCAUUUAGUAACACACCCAUGUACUCUUUAAUUAUUUUAUUUUUAGGAUUUAUGUACUUAAAAUUUUUUAGUGGGGGCUGGUCUUGCUCUAUUUGUUUUCAUUUUUUCUCAUUUCCUAGUUUUGCUCAUCUAUUCACCUAUUAACAGGCGUUAUUAGCUUCCUUAUAUUUUGUGUAGGAUGACUGAUGUAUCUGAUUUAAAUUCUUUAUGCCCGUUUCUUAUAUUUAAUAUAUCGGAUUACCUUUCUACUAAGCAGCAAUUUGUUUAUUUUAUAUUUGUUACCUAUUGGUAAAUGUGAAGAAGUGUACGUUUCUAAUAUUUGUUUGAAGAUAUUAAAUUUAUCCUCAGUGUUUUUUAAUGUAAGGGUUUAUGCCAAUCGAUGAGUUUUAAAGCUGCCCUAAUCUUAUUGUAAUUGGAAAAUUAUGCUUUACUAUACCCCAUGUAAAAAAUGUUUUUUUUGGUUUUUUUUUUAAUUUAUUUCAAAAGACACCAUAUAUACCCUUUCCUGCUCUAGUCAGGUUCUAGUCCAGCCCUUCUGAGGAGGGGAAGGAGGGUUGUAGGAAUCACAGUUUUAUUAGGGGCAAUUACUGUAUUCCAAAAUCUGGCUGAAAUUUCACAGUGUGAUAUAUUUAACCCCUUAGCGACCGAGGAUGGUUCAGGACCGUCAUCGGCAUUUUUGCCUUGAGGACCAAUGACGGUCCUGAACCGUCCUAACGGUCUUAGUUACUUACCUGAUCGCCGUCGUUCCCCCGGCGGCGAUCAGCGUGGCUCCGGUUGUGGGGAGACUGCCUGCAGCCCAGACAGUCUCCCCACACUGAAUUAGGACCCCCUGUGGCCAUGUGAUCGCUCAACACAGCGAUCACAUGGUCACAAUAGGUGUCCAUGUGUAUGUCUGCAGGGGGACUGUCUGUGCUGACAGGCAGUCUCCCUGCUAGUGUAAAAUCAGAAAAAAAAAUAAAGUUAAUGUUAAUAAAAAAUAAUAAUUAUAUAUGUGUAUACAUAUAUGAUAUAGACAUAUAUUAUAUCUAUAUAAUAUAUGUCUAUAUAUCAUAUAUAUAUAUAUAAUGUCAUACUAAGUGUAUUUUUAUAUUAAUAUGUACUUAUAUUAAUAUAAAAAUACACUUAUAAUUAAAUUACACACGUAUAUAUAUAAUAUAUAUAAUAACUAUAUAUAUAUUGUAUAUAUAUAUAUAUUAUUAUAAAAUAUAAAUAAUAAGUAAUUUAAAUUAAAUAAAUUUUUUUAAAAAUAAUAAUAAAAAAAUAAAAAAAUUAUAUAUCUAUAUGAAAUUUUAUUCUAACUGUAUUUUAAAAUUAAUAUAUAUUUAUAGCAAAAUACACUUAGAAUGAAUUUGUAUAUAUAUCUAUGUAUAUAAAAAUAAAUAAAAAUAAUAAGAAAUAUACAUAUGUCCAUAUACAAAAUUAUAUAAAUAAUUAUAUAAAUAUACACGUAGACUUCAAAUAUAUAAAUAUGCAUAUAUAUUUAAAUUCUACGUGCGUAUUUAUGUAAUAGUUUUACAUAAUUCAAUAAUUUUAUUGAUUGCAAUUUAAGGGACCUGCCUGCCAACCCAGGCCGAAAUUCCAGAGAAUUGAAUUUGCUAGCACUGUAUUUUACCCUGUAACGUUCUACGACACCCUAAAACCUGUACAUGGGGGGUACUGUUUUACUCGGGAGACUUCGCUGAACACAAAUAUUAGUGAUUCAAAACAGUAAAACAUAUCACAGCGAUGAUAUUGUCAGUGAAAGUGACUUUUUUUGCAUUUUUCACACACAAACAGCACUUUUACUGAUGAUAUAAUUGUUGUGAUACGUUUUCCAGUUUUUAAACACUAAUAUUUGUGUUCAGCAAAGUCUCCUGAGUAAAACAGUACCCCCAUGUACAGGUUUUAUAGUAUUUUUGAAAGUUACAAGGUCAAAUAUGGGUCAAAUAUUUUUACAUUGAAAAUGGCCAGGUUGGUUACGUUGCCUUUGAGAGCGUAUGGUAGCCCAGGAAUGAGAAUUACCCCCAUGAUGGCAUACCAUUUGCAAAAGAAGACAACCCAAGGUAUUGCAAAUGGGGUAUGUCCAGUCUUUUUAGUAACCACUUGGUCACAAACACUGGCCAAAAUUAGCGUUCAAUUUAGUUUUUUUACUUUUUUCACACACAAACAAAUAUGAAUGCUUACUUUGGCCAGUGUUUUCGACUAAGUGGCUACUAAAAAAGACUGGACAUACCCCAUAUUGAAUACCCUGGGUUGUCUACUUAAAAAAAAUAUGUACAUGUGGGGUGUUAUUCAGAGAUUUAUGACAGAUAAUAGUGUUACAAUGUCACUAUUGAUAAAUUUAAAAAAUUUAUGUUUUGAAACCGCAAUAUUCUACUUGUACCUAUAGCCCUAUAACAUGCAAAACAAAAGCAAAAAAGCACGUAUUUUUAAACUCAGGACAAAAUUUUGAAUCUAUUUAGCAGUUUUUUUUAAUUCGCUUUUGUAGAUGAGUAAAAGAUUUUUCAAGUAAAAGUUAAAAAACAUGUAUUUUUUUCAAUUUUUCAUCAUAUUUUUUUAUUUUUUUUAAAUUAAAAUACAUGAGAUUAUAUAAAUAAUGGUAUGUAAAGAAAGCCCCUUUUGUCCUGAAAAAAACAAUAUAUAAUUUGUAUGGGAACAGUAAAUGAGAGAGCGGAAAAUUCCAGCCAAACACAAACACCACAAAAGUGUAAAAAUAUGCCUGGUCGCAAAUGUACAACAUCGCAAAAACAGUCCAGUCCUUAAGGGGUUAAAUACUGGUGUGUCUGAUCUCUUUGUGACCAGGUCAGAUCAUCUUGGUCAAUCCAGACAAUUAAUUUGAGACCAAACCUGACAUAUAGUUCAUGCAUAGGUCUCAAUGUAAUAUUGUUGGAUAAGCUUUUCAAAUAUAUUAUUUUUUUUGGAUAAACAUUUGCAAAAUAUUUUUUCAAAUUAUGAAAAAUAUAUCAAAUUUAUAUGAAGCUUUAUGAGAUGGUAGUGAAUGUUGUUAAAUUACAUUUCCAUGGAGUUUAUAAUGGUUUCAUUAUUUAAUUAUUAAGUUAAGACCAGUGUACCUGUUUACAAUUCCUAUUUUCUUCACACCAGUAAAUCUGUUUUAAAGUUUGCAGGGAUGAAUAAUGUAGCAGAGGUAAGUAACAAAAUUGCUUACCUCUGCUAGGACAUUGUUGCCCCAUUGCUCCUCGGGACUGUGUGUUGGGCAUCUUACAGAGAAAUGCCGUACUUGCACUUGCGUAGUCUGCAUUUCUCUAGCAGGGCGAUAUGUAGGAUGCGCACGGUUCUUCAAGAUUUUAGCUAAUAUAGGUACAGGCAAUGCCAGACAAAUCAUGCCAAUAAGAUUAACGAAAAUGUAAUGAAUUUAAAAAAAUUGGAAGCAAAACUAGUAGCUUUGUUUUAGUUAGCUAUUAGUCUGUGCUAAAAUUAAGCAAAAGACAAUUCCUCCUCUAAGAGUAAAACACAGUUGUAUUUUGCAGUUUUACAAGAAAUUAAACUGAAAAAAACAAAUGUACAUAAUAUAAUUUGUUUGCUUCCUUCCAGGUCGUUCUCAACUUACAGAUUUAGAUCCUCCAAGAGAUAUUCCAAAAGGCUGUUAUGAUUGUGGAGAUGGCUUCUAUGACCCUGUUAGCCGAGUUGUAAAUGACUAUCAGCACAGGUUUCUCAGAAAUGCUGGUAAGUAUUUACAUUUGUAAGCCAUCACACAACUUUUGAAUACGAUUGUAUGUAGUCAAUUUAAAAGGACACUGGAAGCAUCAUAAACACUGCAAUGUAUUAUAGUGAUUAUUUUUAAAGGGUUCUUUUAUGAUGGAAGGCUCACAGUCUAUAACUUCCAUCCAAGGUUGCACAGCUUUGUAUGGAUAAUGCAGAAGUAAACGGCUGCAUCAUGGGUUGGCCUCCAAAGACACCUUCACCAUAGGGGUUAUGGUCCUUGGAUAGCCUAUUGAAAGGUACACUCCUUUCAUUUUUUUAAACAAUUUAGUGGAUAUACUCCCUUCAAAAAAAUAUGCACGUAUUUAUUUCUCAAUGUUUUCUUUGGGGGCAUAUGAAGAAAACAGCUUACAAAAGCUGCAGACUCACUGUCUGCAGGGUUUGCAAGCCCUCGUCUUUAUUCCAGCCACAGAUUGAAAGGCAAUUGAGAGGCCUCUGUGCCGGAGCUGUGAGCAUGUGCAUGCACACACAUGAUUGAUUCUUUCCUAUGUUUCUAAAUAAACUGUAGUACAACUCAUUAAGAAGAGGAAAGGCAGGCACAUGCUAGCACAGUGCACCUCCUGCUUCUGUAAGCUGUGUGGAGCUAGCAGAAAUGGAAGUCCUCAGCCCCCCACCUCUUACCCAUCCAUCUCAGUUCCAGACUAGUCCACUAAUGACAGAAACAGGGCAUAAUGUGCAGCACCAAGAGAUAGAAAUAUGACACCAGAACCUGCUCUGCAUGAAUCUUUUGUCAGGCAUGCCCAAUGCACUUUUCCAGGCUUCGUAGAGAUAGGACACUGAUUGGUUAGGCCAGUGUACUCCCUGGGGUGGGUGUUUAAAGUUAGAGAAAUAAGAAGCAGGUAAAUAUGAAAAAAAGCAAUAUUUGCCAGUUUUUUUUCUGCUUGCAGAGUGCGGCAAUUGUCUCAUUCAAAGAUAAAGCUUUUGAACGAGACAGUGGUCUAAAAGGGAUGCAUAUCCCUUUGAAUUUGAAAUUUCACAUUCAAUUAAUUUUGAUUUCUCACUUUAGUAAUUAACUUUGUUAAUCUUAUUUAUCAUACCUUGCAAAUAAUGUAGGGAAACAAAUAUAAAAAAUGCUGAAAAUUGACAGUUCCCCUCUAAGUAUUGAAGAUGUACUACUAUUAGUGCAUGAUAAAUUGAGCUCAGUUUGAGCUAAAAGUUACCAGAAAUGAAAUAGGCUGUUAAAUUAAACAAACUAGUGAUGUCCUAGUAUUAAUUAUUACAAAUAUAUUUACAAUAUAGAUACCCUAAAAAUCAAAUGUAUUGAUAUAUAUUGCAAAGAUUUACAAUAAUAAUAAAAAUAUCAACUUCAAUUACCCAACAACAUUAUUACAAAAGUGGGUGACAUUAUUUUAAAAAAUUAUUGAGAACAAGAUAUAUAGUUUGGUCCAGAAAUAUUUGGACAGAGACACAAGUAUUGUUAUUUCGGCUGUUUACUAAAAUACAUUUAAGUUACAGUUAACUAAUGGAUAUGGGCUUAAAGUCAGUUUUAAUUUGAAGGCAUUCACAUCCAAAUUGGAGGAAGAAUUUAGGAAUUACAGCUCUUUAAUAUAUAGAUCCCUAUUUUUCAAGGAUCAAACGUAAUUGGACAAUUGACCCAAACGCUGUUUCAUGGACUUGUGUGGUCUAUUACUUUGUUAUUUCUUCAUCAAUUAAGCUAGUAAAAAUUUUGGAGUUGAUUGCAGAUGUGGAAUUAACAUUUGAAAGCUUUUGGUGUGAACCCACAACAUGCGAUCAAAGGAACACUCAAUGCAAGGGAGCUUGCUUUGGGAUAAAGAUAAGAGCAGUAGUCUGCAGUAAAUUUGUUCCCAUCCCCUCGUCUGUAUAAUUCUCUUGUUUCUUACAUUACAUAAAUAGGAGUUUAAGUUUGUACUAACACAAGCCUCCUUCCCAGAUUGCCUGCCUCUCUAACAACAUAGCUAAACAUGCUUUAAUAUAGGUGCAGAUAGCUAGAUAUUUUAACACGUGUAUCUCCUCAUGUCAUAUAUGCAGAUUCUGUGAUAAUAUUCUUCAGCAGUGUAAUAUUAAUUUUUAAUGUAACUCUGCAGCUCCGGUUUAGGGAUCAAUGAUAUAAGUUUUCCAGAGCCACUGCUGAUACAGAUUAUUGGUUGCCUUUCAGGCUGAUUUCUGAUAUGUUCUGAUAAUCUGUAUAUUUCAAGUAGUGAAAAAGCAACACAUUUCCUACACAAAUCUGGCAUUAACUGAACAUGCUGACAGCAAUCACACUAUCGCUCUCAGGCAGCCAGUACAUGCUGGGAUCACUGUUGACCCCAUUUACACUCCUAUCAGUCAACCAGCCCAGUACAUUACAGUAGGUUAUUCAUUGUCUCACCUCCCUGCCUUCAGCUGAGCUCUGCAUGCGUGGACUCACAGUAAAGGUUUCAACGUGGUGCCCAUUGGCUGGUGGCUGGAGUUUCUGGAUGCAUAAGAGUGCGUGUAUUGACUGUGAGAAGUGAGUAAGUUACUGGUAAUAUCAAGACAGAUACCGUUUCUCAGAAAUAUGACAAAUAUUGGUUUUAAUAAUCUGGUGAACCGAUAAUCAGUCUAUCCAUACUCUGAUUUAAACGUAUCACAAAUCUAAAUCUUUCCUGAUCUAAGUACCCUAUAUCUAUAAUACAGCACCUAGUUUAGUUAUUAUAUACAAACUAAUUUUCACUUCUUGUGAGUAAAAGGUAAGUAAUAAACCAUAAUUUUUAUUUAAAAUUCUUUAUUUUUGUUUUGUUUUUGAGUUGACAGGUAAGUUUGCCAUGCCACAGUAGCAGAAGCAAACAUUUUUUAAGAUAAACAAUAAUAUGGCAUAAGAUAAACUGCACAGUUUUACAUAUAAUAAGAAAUAAUCUUGGUCGAUAUAUAUAAAAACUAGUAAAAUGUCCAGGCAUGAACAUUCACAUUGUAUAUGCAGCAAAGAGAAUGAGAACAACAAGCAUUACAGAGAUUUGAAGCAGGGUCAUACAAAUCAUAGGUAACAAGCUCAAUAAUUAUUCCCUGAAUUUCGCAGGCUGAAUACCUGAACCAGAUAAUAAUUCCCCUGGAGCCCCCUCUGCAAGCUAGCCAAGAUUCUCACUUAGGGCAGAGAUAAGUUUCUCACUCUGCAGAUAGGGUCAUAGGGUGUGAUUCGGGGAGUAUAUCUCAAGGGCAAAAUGUGAAAACAUAAAGUAAAUUAAAAUAAAAUAGAGUCUCCUGUGGUCAACUUUGAAUUCAGCUGAUGCCCUUCUGCGUCAGGGGAGAGCUCAGUCACAACAAUUCUCAGCAUCAGGCCCAGCAGCCCUCCUGGAUGGAGACAAGUGGUCACCUUAUAGGAACUAGGCAAUCCAAACAUGGCCUUUUUGGUGGUUUCGGGGCCCUGUGUGAUUUGGGGCAAAGGCUUCUUGGUAACGCCAAGUUAGGCCAUAGCAGGUGGCAAGAAUUAGGCUGAGCCAUCAAUCUGUUGCGUGGCUGUCUAGCUGCACUUGGGCUCGAUCAUGUGUAGCUAUGCUUAGUCGGGAGGUGUUUCAUACUCCAUUGCCAUAUUCGUACUGUUACACGUUUGGUCACUGAAUCUACAUUGGGAGUGUGGAGGCGAGGCCUUGGGUGAGUGCACUCUUGCUUAAUGCUCAGUAGUCUGUUGCUCCCUGAGUGCCAACUUUCUCCAAAAGUCAGCAAAUAUUUUGUCUAGCUUGGACCACGUCCAGCAUCUCGGCACAGCAUUGUAUUGGACAUGUGACAUCCGCCAUGUUAUGUGGUUCCAGUUCAGUAGUCUGCUUGUUGCUUCUAUGGGGCGGGCCAAGGUCACCCCCACCGGUUCAGAGGGGGGAGGUAGGAGGUCUGUCAAUCUUCAUUGCUUCUGUACAAGCGAGGAGAGCGGCCGCCUCUCCCCAGCUAUGUCACCCGCAGGCUCCCGGUCAUAUAAACGUUCAGUAAAGGUGUCAUGAGGUUCCCAAGGACAAAUCUAACCUAGGCCAUGCCCUGUGGUAUGUAUGCAGGCCUGAUGUCACUCGUUAUUCCCAAGAAAUCAGCCAGUGUAUUAGGAGCCUAUGAACCGUACAUCUGCUCCACUUAUGGCUCAGACUCCACCCUGUUAUAAACCAUCAUUCUCACAAAAUAAUCAAACAACUUAACAAAUGUAAAAUUACAGAAAUGUAAAAAUAGAAAUUAACAUAUCAAACUACAAGAUUGUAACAUUUUAAAAUGAGGUCAUUAGAUAUUACAAGCAAUAGACCCCACCUAUGAAUUCCUAACCAGCUAACAUGCUUUUGUACAUCAUAUUAGACAGAAAUGUUUCCGACAUACUCAGUGACAAUUACAAAAAUCUAAACAUUCACAGUUUCACAUUCACAGUCCAUGGAGCUAAACUCAAGAGGCAGGCAAUUGCCCAGAUAGCAAAGACUUCUCAGUGAUGUAUCACACUUUAAUACAGCUCGUUAAAAUGGAAGACUUGCAGUAGCUGUAGAUACUGGAUCUGGUAUUUGUUGCGUGCCAGUAUUUAAUAUACAGCGAGGCAAAAAUGUAUUUGAUCCCCUGCUGAUUUUAAACAUUUGCCCACUGACAAAGAAAUUAUCACUCUAUAAUUUUAAUGGCAGGUGUAUUUUAACAGUUAGAAACGCAUGUCAAAAUAGUUAUAAAUUGAUUUGCAUGUCAAUGAAUGAAAUAAAUAUUUGACCCCUUUGACUUAGGACUUGGUGGCAAAACCAUUGUUGGCAAUCACAGAGGUCAGAUGUUUCUUGUAGUUGGCCACCAGGUUUGCACACAUCACAGGAGGGAUUUUAUCCCACUCCUCUUUGCAGAUCCUCUCCAAGUCAUUAAGGUUUUGAGGCUGAUGUUUGGCAACUUGAACCUUCAGCUCCCUCCACAGAUUUUCUAUGGGUUUAAGGUCUGGAGACCACUCCGGGACCUUAAUGUGCUUCUUCUUGAGCCACUGCUUUGUUGCCUUGGCUGUGUGUUUUGGGUCAUUGUCAUGCUGGAAUACCCAUCCACAACCCAUUUUUAAUGCCCUGGCUGAGGGAGGGAGUUUCUCACAAGAUUUGACAGUACAUGGCCCCUCCAUCGUCCCUUUGAUGUGAUGCAGUUGUCCUGUCCCCUUAGCAGAAAACCCCCCCCAGAGUAUAAUGUUUCCACCUCCAUGUUUGACAGUGGGGAUGGUGUUCUUGGGGCCAUAGGCAGCAUUCCUCCUCCUCCAAACACGGCACGUUGAGUUGAUGCCAAAACUCGACUUUGGUCUCAUCUGACCACAACACUUUCACCCAGUUCUCCUCUGAAUCAUUCCGAUGUUCAUUGGCAAACUUCAGACAGGCCUGUACAUAUGCUUUCUUGAGCAAGGGGACCUUGCGGGCACUGCAGGAUUUCAGUCCUUCACAGUGUAGUGUGUUACCAAUUGUUUUCUUGGUGACUAUGGUCCCAGCUGCCUUGAGAUCAUUAUCAAGAUUCUCCCAUGAUUCCUCAGCAUUCUCAUGAUUUGAAACUCCACAAGGUGAGACCUUGCAUGGAGCACCAGACCAAGGGAGACUGACAGUUAUUUUGUGUUUCUUCCAUUUGCGAAUAAUCGCACCAACUGUUGUUACCUUCUCAACAAGCUGCUUGGCGAUGGUCUUUAGACCCAUUCCAGCCUUGUGUAGCUCUACAAUCUUGACCCUGACAUCCUUGGACAGCUCUUUUGUCUUGGCCAUGGUGCAGCGUUUAGAAUCUGAUUGAUUGCUUCUGUGGACAGGUGUCUUUUAUACAGUUAACAAACUGAGAUUAGGAGCACUCCAUUUAAGAGAGUGCUCCUAAUCUCAGCUCGUUACCUGCAUUAAAAACACCUGGGAGCCAGAAAUCUUGCUGAUUGAUAGGGGAUCAAGUACCUCUCACUGUUAAAAUACACCUACCAUUAAAAUUAUAGACUGAUCAUUUCUUUGUCAGUAGGCAAAAGUUAAAAAUCAGCAGGUGAUCAAAUACUUUUUUCCCUCACUGUUUCCCCAAAGAAAACAUGAAGCAUUCUAAGGAUAAGAGGAUCCACAGUCCUGUUAUUUACUUUAACAGAAAAAGGUGAUUAUUUAAUCCUUCAUUUGAGUGACAUCACUGGUAGGAAUUAACUAAAACAUAGUACCCAAUUUACUUGUGUGAGCAAGAUGGCAGGAUAUUUAGGAAUAAUGAACAUUUUUGCAGUACAUUCUUGCUCACAUAUUGUUUUACCUUCAAUUGUAGACCAUAAUUAUUCUCUGAUAUCACCACCAAUAUCCUACUAACCAUAUCACAAUAUCUUUUAUUACUCACCGUGGUGCCAUCUGUGUUCUUAGUUAUCAACUGAAUUUUCUCCCUUGGUGUCUCUUAUCUCAAUGCCCAUUAUCCCUUUAGAUUAUAAUCUCAAGAGCUUCUUGCCUAAAAUUAUGUAUAAAUGUGCUCAGUGGUGUAUCCUGGUUUUGUGCUGCCCUAGGCUGGACAAAACUCAGGCGCCACCCCCACCCAACCCUUCCCCCCUGCCCCACCUAACCCUUCCCCCCUGCCCCACCUUCUAAAUACACACACACACACACACACACACACACACAGUCAGUCACACACAGUCAGUCACACACACACACACACACAGUCACACACACAGUCACACACACACAAACACACACACAGUCAGACACAAACACACAGUCAGACACAAACACACAGUCAGACACAAACACACAGUCAGACACACACACAGUCAGAGUCAGACAAACACACACACAGUCAGACACACACAGUCAGACACACACACACAGUCAGACACACAGUCACACACACACAGUCAGACACACACACAGUCACACACACACACAGUCAGACACAAACACACAGUCAGACACAAAAACACAGUCAGACACACACACAGUCAGACACAAACACACAGUCAGACAGAGACACACACACAGUCAGACACACACAGUCAGACACAAACAGUCUGACACAAACAGUCUGACACACACAGUCAGACACAAACACACAGUCAGACACAAACACACAGUCAGACACAAACACACACACAAACAGUCAGACACACACACAAUCACUCACAUUAACACUUUUUUUUUAAUUUACCCCCCCCCCCAACCUCCUUACCUUUGGGAGUGCUGGGGGGGGAAAGGGAUCAUUAUCUCCCUGGGGGUCCAGUGGCUGCCGGUCGGGCUCAUGGGCUGGCUGCUGAGCGGGCGGCUGGCGAGGGAGCACUUCCUCUGAGCACUCUGCUCAGCUCCCUCGCGCGCCCCAGAGUGAGGCUGGGAGCUGGAAUAUGACGUCAUCUUCCGGCUCCCAGCCUCACUCUGCGGCGCGCGAGGGAGCUGAGCAGACUGCUCAGGGGAAGAGCUCCCUCUCCAGCCGCCAGCCAGCGCCGCCUGCCCAGCGCCCAGCAUGUCAGUUAGCCGCGAGGCUAACUAGGCAUUUGCCCUGGGCAUUUGGGGGCAGCGUUUUUUGCCGCCCCCUGAAAAAUGCCGCCCAAGGCAAAUGCCUUGUUUGCCUCGCGGCUAAUACGUCCCUGAAUGUGCUACAACCUGGGCCGGACUGGGGAAAAAAUUCGGCCCGGGCAUUUUUUAUUCACAGCGGCCCACUGAAAAGGGGGCGGGGCAGAUAGGGUGUGUUUUGGCAUCCCCAAUGACAAGCACGCCCCAUCUCAAAGUGAGCAUGUUGGUUCAAUGCUCUUCCAGGGCAUGAGAAAAGGGCCCUGUAUUUGAUCUGCACAGCGCAAGCAAAUUUAAUAACAUGCUUGUGUUGUGUUUGCUUGAAACUUGUCUCAGGGUUUUCCAUAAUUGGAAUACUCACUGUAUCCCAUUUAUGGAGACACUAUGUGUUUGCUUAAAUGGAAUCUAGUGUGUUCAUAGGGGAUCCUGAGUGUGUAUGUCAGAAAUGUAGUGUGUGUGUGUGUGUAGGUGGUGCAGCGUCUGUGUGUAGGGGAUCUAGUGUGUGUUUGAAGGACUUAGGAGUGCGUAUAGGAGAUCUAGUGAGUGUGUGUGUGAGUGGUGCAGCGUGUUUGGGGGCUGCUGUGUGUGUGAGGGGUGUAGUGUGCAUUUGUGAGGAGUAUAGUGUGUGUGGGAAGGUGCUGUGUGUGUGGGAAGGUGCUGUGUGUGUGGGUGCAGUAUGUGUGUGCGUGGGUGCAGUAUGUGUGUGUGAGGGUGCUGUGUAUUUGAGGGUGCUGUGUGAGUGAGGGUGAUGUGUGUUGGGGUGCUGUGUGUGUGUUAGGGUGCUGUGUAUGUGUGAGGGUGAUGUGUGUGUGAGGGUGAUGUGUGUGUGAGUGUGAUGUGUGAGUGAGGGUGAUGUGUGAGUGAGGGUGAUGUGUGAGUGAGGGUGAUGUGUGUGUGUGUGUAAGGGUGCUGUGUGAGGGUGCUGUUUGUGUGAGGGUGAUGUGUGAGUGAGGGUGAUGUGUGUUGGGGUGCUGUGUGUGUGUGAGGGUGAUGUGUGAGUGAGGGUGAUGUGUGUUGGUUAGGGUGAUGUGUGAGGGUGAUGUGUGAGUGAGGGUGCUGUGUGAGUGAGGGUGAUGUGUGAGUGAGGGUGAUGUGUGUGUUAGGGUGAUGUGUCAAUGUUAGGGCUGUGUGAGUGUUAGGGUGCUGUGUGAGUGUUAGGGUGAUGUGUGUGUUAGGGUGCUGGUGUUAGGGUGAUGUGUGAGUGUUAGGGUGAUGUGUAUGUGUUAGGGUGCUGUGUGUUUGUGUUAGGGUGAUGCGCGUGUGUUAGGGUGAUGUGUCAAUGUUAGGGUGCUGGUGUUAGGGUGCUGUGUGAGUGUUAACAUGCUGGGUGAGGGUGCUGUGUGUGUGUUAGGGUGAUGUGUGAGUGUUAGGGUGCUGGGUGAGGGUGCUGUGUGUGUGUUAGGGUGAUGUGUGUGUGUUAGGGUGCUGUGUGUGUGUUAGGGUGAUGUGUGAGUGUUAGGGUGAUGUGUAUGUGUUAGGGUGCUGUGUGUUUGUGUUAGGGUGAUGCGUGUGUGUUAGGGUGAUGUGUCAAUGUUAGGGUGCUGGUGUUAGGGUGCUGUGUGAGUGUUAACAUGCUGGGUGAGGGUGCUGUGUGUGUGUUAGGGUGAUGUGUGAGUGUUAGGGUGCUGGGUGAGGGUGCUGUGUGUGUGUUAGGGUGAUGUGUGUGUGUGUUAGGGUGCUGUGUGUGUGUUAGGGUGAUGUGUCAAUGUUAGGGUGCUGGUGUUAGGGUGCUGGGUGAGGGUGCUGUGUGAGUGUUAGGGUGCUGGGUGAGGGUGAUGUGUGUGUUUGCAAGGAUUGUGUAUUGGGGGGAGGCAGGUAAAUGCCAGUAUUAAUGUCUUUUUUUUAUUAGAAAAAUAAAUACAUUAUAUCCCCCCAAUAUUCCUGGCUGCUGCCAGCCAUCCCUGGUGGUCCUCGUGGUAAGUGAACUCUAGCCCUUUGGAGCUAGAGUUCACUCUCGCGAGACCGGGCUGGUUGCCAUGGCAACGGUCAGGAUCUCGCAAGAGAUACCCGGCGGAGCUGCAAGUUAGAGUUCCGCCAGGUCCUCUCUCCAGGCUGGCUGUCUCCCUCCCUCUCUCCCCACCGGCGGCCGUGUUUGAGAGCAUGUGGGCCGAAGAGGGAGAUCUUUGAUCUCCCCACCGGCACUUCAUGGAACACAGCGGGGCCGGCGCUUGGAUAGUGCUGGCCCUGCAUAGACCAGUCCGGGCCUGGCUACAACUGUAGAUUAAAUCCCUCAAACAAGGUUCUCUACUCCUUUUGGUAUGACCUGGUGUGUCUAAUUAUAUAGCCAUCUAUCUGUAAAAAUAACUAUGAUUUAUUACAUUACAAUUUUAUAAAGUGUUCUGGAUAAGGGCAACAAACAAGGUGAUGAUAGUCCUACUAAAUACUAGUGUAAAAAAGGAGGGGGUAUAACUAUGCAAAAGUAAAAUUCAAGUAUAACCAGGAGAAAAGAGAAAAUUUACAUAAAGUCAUAACAUAUGGGAGCAGUGGAUUUAAAAGGUAAACAAGGUUAGACAGCACAGUAAGCUGACAAAUUUUGUGAGAUGAAAGUGGACUGUAAUAAUAAGACGAAUAAAGUUGAUUUUUUUUUUUUACGGGUGUCUUAAACUACUGUGAGGGGAUUUCCAUAAUAAUGCGGCAGCUCUUCAGAAGUUCUAUAACGAAGGGAUGUGAUCAUGGUACUCUCUCAAGGUCCUAUCCUUUACAAUAGAUGACUAGUUAGCAUGUUUUCAGUGAAGUAAUGAAAAAGGAGAUUGAAUGUAAAGGGACAGUAUAGAAUUGCAAUUAGAAAAGGUGGUUAAGUGUCAACAAUCUGUUCACAUGGUUUGGCGGCAAAAAUGAGUACAGAAUCAGUAUCAUAGUUAGGGAUAAGGAUUGAGAGAAGGGUUAUUUAAUAUGGGAGCAAUAACUGCUUGUUUGAAAGAAGUUUGAAACAUACCAGAAGAAUGACUUAAGACAAACAUCCAAGAUGGACCUCAUGACUUUAAGAUCCAAAAACAGUAGAUACUUUGUGUAGCAUGUAUGUAGAAACAAAUGUUCAAAAAAUGUGUAGGUUGUACCUAAAUAUCUAGAUUGUAAAGUAUAUGUAUUGGCCAACCUCUGUUAGCUAAAAAUCCCUAAUAACAAAAAAUAUCUUAUAAUAUAAAGAAAUGGUUUAUGUAGAGAGGGAUUUUGCAUAAUUGACCACUUUUCUAAAAUUAUCAUAUUUCUGCUUUAAGAACAUAUGCUAUAAAAUGAAAUUAAGCUGGGAGACUUUUAUGUGCCACUUAGCAGAGGGGAUUUUAAACUGAGUUUAAUUGUGCCCCAUUUUGUUGCUAUUAUUCAAGUGAACUUGGUUUCUGCUGCAAACCCCAUUAGUUUCUCUCCUAAUACUUUUUAUCGUAGCAGGAAAAAAUCUCUUAACAGUCAUUGCACCACAGGCAGCACUUACCUCUUUAAGGACUGAUUCAAGAGCAUGUUAUAUAUAACUUGUCAAAGCCAAGACAAAUUCCUAGUGGUAGGAAGUAAGCAUUAUCCCAACAGCAUUAUUUUAUUCCAGUACCAGUGAGCACUUUCUUUAUGAGCUCUUGUGUUAGCACACAGAUAAUCUUGGCUAUAAAACACAUGAUUAUAGUAUCCACUCAGUUACAUUACACCUAAAAAAAUGCCUAGUUCAUUGCAUAGAUUUCAAAACUGUCACUUUACUCUUUGAGAUUUAUUCAAUAAAUUUUGAAUUACAAUGUGUUAACAGUCUUGUUGCAAUAUUUAGGCAAAAAUAGCCAAAAUGGAAAAAAAGUCUCCAACAUUACUGAAACACAUCCAGGAAAAGUGUAAAUGACUUUUAAUCAAAGCAAGUUUUACAAAGGCUCAUGCAACAUAAAUGUACAUUUCUGAUGAACUCAGUUAAUUUUUCUUAAAGCAGAAAAUAUACAAACCUCUGCAGCACUCCCCUAUUCUGGACAUCUUUGCGUUUUCUGAUGCUUUGGAAGCUUUCUUGCACACAAUUUACAGAGGAAUGCAACGCAUAGACAUUCUUAUAAUAGUACCAGGUGCACUAGUGAUGUAUGCAUGCCAUUGCAUGUGUUAUUCAAAAUUACAUGCAGUGAUAAGGUGUCUGGCAGAUCACACUAGUCUGUGACCACCCGUACUUUGUUGUUGAUUAGGAUCAGCAUUCCCUUAAAGUCACGACCCUCGGGACCACCUGAAGGUAAGAACAGAACCCUGAUUGGUCAGUGGUGGCACGGGAGGCUUUAAUAAGAAAAAGGAACCAGUCAGUGGUAUUGGAGAGGGAUGAUACAAGCAACAUUGUCAGGAGGUCCAAAGGUUAGGGUAUGCAGCGAGAAAGUAUGGUCAAGAGGAAUCAGUAACCAGGAAAUCAAUCAGUAGAGAGGCAGGUCAGGAAACAUGAAAACCACCAGGCAUCAGGAAAAAGGGACAGGGAGCUUAGAACAACCAAGCACUGUUAAGGAGGCUCUCUGGGAUUAAAUAAACUGACAUGUCACAUGACCAGCAACCUGUAGGUGGAGCAUUCUGGGGCUAUAUAAACAGUUCAUGAAUUCAGCGCCAUCUUGGUUUACAUUAUUGUCCCUGGACCACGUACCUCACCCGGACCAUGGUCUCCCCUGCUCUUUGCUUGCUGAUGCACAAGGAGUCGGUGAGUAGAGUUGAGUAGAGCCAUGACAUGACAUGACUUAUUUUCUUUUUUUUUUUUACAUAAGUAAUGUUUUACUUUGAAAUCAGAACAGGACAAAACUUGCAUGGAUUUUUGAAGGAACAUGCAGUUUUCUACUUAGAGUUGUAAUGCACCCCCUUCAUUAGCAAUUUGUCAUAAUAUUUAUUAUGCUUGAGAAAAUUUCAAGUAUUAUAGCCUUGGUGGGUGCUAUUUUGUAUUGCCUACAUAAAUAAGUAAAUUCAUCCUUUCACAUUUACAUAAAUACAAAAUACAAUACAAAAGUGACAGGUUCCCUGAGUCUCUCUCAUGCGGCCCUGGCAUUUUGUAAAAUGCUGCAUGCUUCCAGUUUGCAUCCUUUUAUUCGGUCCUGAAUUCAUAUACAGUUUGUGACCAAUUGACAUGUACGCUGGUCUGAAUUGUCACUGGUCACGCAAAAACGACUUUUCACCACCUGUGCAUCAUCUGCAGCACCAUGAUGACGCUAACUGAUAGAAACAAGCCCUACCUAUAUAAACUUACUUGUUCCACAGUUUGUUGCCCUGUUGUGGUUCUUGAUUGCCCAACAGCACAUUACUUAUAUUCUUUGACUCUCCGGUAUUCAACCCAUAGCAUAUUUCUCGAUUAUACUGAUCUCUGUGCUCUCAUUACUUGGCUUCUUACUGGUUAUUCUGAUUUCUCCUAUCCUUGACCUUGGCUGUCAUUCUGACUACUGUAUUUCGUUAAACCAUGAAAUAUGUAAAUGUGUAUUAAAAUAAAUUGAAAUCCCUGGUUGAAAAAAAGUCAAAACAAAAAUCAACGUAGGUUUUUUAAAUUAAUUUUUUUGCCUUAAGUACUGCAAUCUUUUAAAAUCAGCAUGUCCAACUAUGAAAAACGCCUAAUAGAAAUGAAAUAAAAUAUGUAUAAAGAGAACUAGGUCAUCUUUAGUCAUGCUUUCUAUAAUCUUACUGCUUUGCGUAUAUUUGGUAUGGUAGUAUGGUGGACUGUACAAAGAGGGAUCAGAGAUAAUGGCAUCAAAUAAACAGCGCACUUUAAAAACUGAGUGGUUUUUCAAUUUGUGUAUUUAUAGAAGCACAGGAAAAAAGUUAUGUUCACAAUUUUAAGUUUUCUGUAUUCUAUUUCUUGUCAUAAACUAUGCUCCAACAUCCUAAUUUGUCUAUAGGGAGAGUUUGGGUUUUUAAAAAGGUGUCUGGUUUUGUGCUGAAAAUGAUAAGGAAACUUUAAAAGAUUAUAUCUUUUACAAGUUAUCCUGCUGUCCUGCUUGACACCCUUCUUGUAGCAUUACUUGGACAGCUUUAGUUGGCUUUAAGCCCAAAUUUCUGGUAUGUAGAACAUAUAAUAUGAACUAAGAUAAGCAGCAUGCUUUCCAAAAACACAGGAACCUGUAAUGAUUAACAAUAUAGAGGGAACACCCUGCAUUCCCGUGUCGUCGCAUAUGCUUUGAACUCCAUGUUUCUACAUUUCUUUGUAAGAUAUCCUGUUCAUAGCGGAAUAACUGUUUAACUAAACAGAAUGUAGUGACAGCUCAGUUAUAAAUUGAAAUUCCAAUUUCUGGCUAGAGAGAUUGCCUUAAUAACCGUUAUCAUAAACUAUAAGGCACUUUUCCAAUAGCCAAUGACAUUGCAACUCCAGAGUUAAAGAUUUGAAGUGGCCAAUACUUGGAGGAGAAAUGGUCUAAAAAAUUGGACUGAUAAAGGAAGGGUGUAAGUUUAAUAGCUAUUUCAUCCAAAAUAGUCCAUAAGUUGUCUGAUUCAAGAUCCCUAUGCUAAUACCUGUAAUAAUGCAGAGAUGCAUCUUUAGAUGAAGAUCGCAAUUUUCCCACUAGGUGGAUCGCUUUUAUUCCCUAUACCCAUUCUACAAUGGAAGAUCUCCAAUCUUAAAGGAUCACUAUAGUGUCAGGAAAACAAAGCGUUGCCCCUUCAGCAGCUUACCUUAAUUCAGCGCCGGGCUCCCUCGGCGCUGGUGACCUCUCCACCCCCACCGACGUCAGCUCCCUCUGCCGACGUCAGCGGAGCCGAAUGCGCAUGCAUAAUAUGCCUCCAGCGUCGCAGAUGCGCCUCUAGUGGCUGUCCGGAAGACAGCCACUAGAGGCUGGCUUAACCCCAAAUGUAAACAUAGCAGUUUCUCCGAAACUGCUAUGUUUGCAUCUGAAGGGUUAAAACCUGAGGGUCUGGCCCCCAGACCACUUCAUUGAGCUGUGGUCUGGGUGAAUAAAGUGUCCCUUUAAUGUUAAAACAUUUGUAAAGAUACUUUCUAUAUUUGGAUUUGAGCAUGAUAUGAUUGCUUUGGGAGCCAGCUACAUAGGUAAUAGAUUUUAUGAAUAACUAGAUGGAUAUUUCACCAAAUAUUGUUUUGCUUACAUUCAAGGCAAAUGUGCAGAAUGUUUCCAAGCUGCACUAGUCCAUUGCUUGUAGCUUGGUUAACUCAUACCAUCUGGUUAUUUAAAGGACCACUUACGGCACCCAGACCACUUCAGCUUAAUGAGUUGGUCUGGGUGCCUGGUCCAUCUAGGGUUAACAGUUUUUUCUAUAAACAUAGCAGUUUCAGAGAAAUUGCGUUUCAGAGAAACUGCUAUGUUUAUGUUAGGGUUAAUCCAGCCUCUAGUGGCUGUCUCAUUGACAGCCGCUAGAGGGCUUCCGUGUUUCUCACUGUGAAAAUCACAGUGAGAAGAUGCCAGAUGUGAAUGCUUUCCUAUGGCCUGGCUGAAUGCGCGCGCGGCUCCUGACGCGCAUGCGCUUUCAGCCGAAGAGGAGGAGGAGAGCUCCACACCUGGCGCUGGAGAAAGAGGUAAGUUUAACCCCUUCCUCACCAUCCAGCCCGGCGGAUGUUUUCCUGGCACUAUAGUGGUCCUUUAAAACAUUUUUUUUUUACAGAUUCUUGGACUUAAUUGGUAAUGGAGCAAUGUGUGGUUAAAUUAAAAACCUUGUUCAAUUUAUCAACUAUGAAAGAUAUACUUAGUUGUGAUUCAAAGAGCUUAAAAAGUAUGGGUGAGAGAGGGUAACAAAGGAAGCAAUGCACAGUAACUGUGGAUGAAAUGUUUUAGUAUGUGGAGAUGGACAGGUAGUUAUGUUUAGAUGUCCGGUCACACACAGAAAUUAUGCAAAUGCAGACUUUAUUAGGACAAAAGUGUAGGCAACUUAGCUCUGUACUAAAGCCUUUCUCAAAUCACAAAUAAAAACUCUCUAGUACAAAUCUAAAACGAUGCCUACUCUUUAUAUAUCCAUAUAUUUGGGCCAACUUUUGAUCAGCAGAGAUCGGGAUGGGGGCAAGCCUUUCGAGGGGGCGUCACCAAUUACAUAACUUAUAAAUGGAGCAAAAGUUUGCCCAGACCAAACAAAAAAAUAUUAGUAUAUAAAUAAAACUUAAUGUUUUAUCAGUGUUGGUUAGGAAAAUAUAAUAUUGUGAGAAAGAGGAGGCAUGUAAAGGAUUAGCCUUUGGACUUAUGAUAAUUGUGUAUCAUCAUGUUUGUUUGUUUUUAUCCGUAUAUAUACUUAUUAGUCUAUAACAAUGCACAAUUUAAUACUUUGUUAUGAAAACAUAUUAAUAGAUAUUUACACUAUAAUACAUUUUCUUCUGAUAUAUAUUAAUAUGAAGCUGUAUUUGUUGUGUAAAAAUGCAUGUGUAUUGUCGUGAUGAUGUCAUGAAUAAAUGAGUUGUACAGCAGUAGCCAUAAAAUUUAAAAGUGAUAAAAUAAGAGUAUCCUGCAUGUCCCAAGAGAAACCUUUAAGGGCACAUGGCCAUGAAGUAACGGAAAAGUUAAAAAAAAAAAAAGGCAAAGAAAAUGAGGAAAGGGUCUGGAGUGACAAGGAAUCCAUCCAGAAUAACUACUCAGUAGGUUGGGCAGGAAAGAACAGGAAAACACCAAGGCUGCAGACUGGUCAAUGAGAGGAUCUAAAGCAGAUGGUAGGAAACAUUCAGGAAGUCCUGUAUAGCAGUGUCUUAACAAGACAGGUUUAACAGAAGUUGCACUGUAAUAUGGGAGUGCCGUUUUAGGAUGUCUAUCACACUGGAGUUCAGAUGGGACUUGUUUGUACAGAAAAGGCUAAAUGCUUGUUGGUGUUAAAGGUCGCAGCAAAAACAAUACUUCCUAAAAACAAAAAGAAUACACUUAAAUAAUACAUAAAUCUAACUUUUGAACUUUUUAUAAUGAUAACUUUUCUUGAGGGUGUAUGUUGGGUCAAACUAUAGAGAGAAUCUGUGGCAUGUUCUGCUUCAUUUGACUUUUUUUAGUCUUGUUCUCGCUACUAAUCCUUUUACUAUUUAAGGACCACAUGACUGUCUAUGCCAGGCAUAGGCAACCUUCGGCACUGCAGAUGUUUUGGACUACAACUCCCAUGAUGCUUUGCCAGCAUUAUGUUUGUAAGAGCAUUUUGGGGGAUGUAUUCCACAACAUAUGAGGUGCCGAAGGUUGCUUAUCCCUGGACGCUAUGCCAUCAUCCAGUGCAGGGCUUGAUUGCUCUUUGACGGCAUAGACUAUCAUGCAGUAAAAGAUACCAGCAUGGUUAAAUCCCUGCUGGUACCAAGGUACAUAAGGCAUCCUUUGAUGCCUGAGGAUCCUGUUUGUAGGCUGGGACACAGUGGUGCUGCUGGUAAAUUUCCCCCAAAUAAAACUCGUGUGAAAAAAUCUCUGCUCUUAGUUAUAUAGCAAAGGGCAGGGGUGGGAAAUCUGCGGCCCUCCAGAUGUUUUGGACUACAUCUCCCUUGAUGCUUUGCUAGCAUUAUGGCCCUAAGAGCAUUAUGGGAAAUGUAGUCCAAAACAUCUGGAGGGCCGCAGAUUACCCACCCAUGGCAUAGGGGAUGUACUGUAUACAAAUACAUACUUGUUUUGUAGCGGUAUUGGAUUUUGUGACUACUAUCAAAGUUUUAGCUUCACUCCUUGCAAUACUUGUUUUAUUUAUUUGUCUAAAAAUGUAUUUGUUGCACUUGGUGUGUAGAAAUUUUUAAAUAUAAAAGUGAGAAGAAAAAUAUUUUUUCCCCCAUUUUAACAUAUUUUAUUUUUAUUUAAGUUUGUGUUAUAUAUACAUAUAGGAUAUCAAAAGAAAGUCCUAUAUCCUUUAAAAAAUAUGUAUAUAAUAGGUAUGGGUGCACUUAAACAGAAAGGGUGAAAUUGUGGUAGAAAAAAACAAUGGCAAAAGAGCCAAAAAAGGCAUUGGUCACAAACAUGUUACAUCUCAAAAUUGACUUGAUCCUUAAGGGGUUAAAGGCACAGUAUAGGCACCCAGACCACUUUAUCUCAUAGAAAUGAUCUGGGUGCACUAACCUCUUACCCCUGCAGAUGAAAGCUUUACUGAAAUUGCAAUGUUUUCAUCUGCAGGGAUAAGGGGAAAGUGCACCCAUGUAACUUAGGGCCCCCACCAGCUGCCAAUUGUUGGGGGAGGGAAAAGGUCCCCCAUUUUGCCACUUAGGGCGCCCACCCGCUGCUAAUGGGUGAGGGCUGGGGGAAACAUUGGGUGUCCCUUAUGUCACUUAUGCCCCAUUUUCACUGAGCGGUUCGGGUCGGUACGGUCUGGUACGCUAUUUUGAGUGUUUCCAUUAUGAAAGUGGCCCAUACAACCGAACCAAACCGCACCAUUCCUGGGCCCUCUUCAGAUGUAGGUCCAUAGGAAAUGGUACGGUACGGUUAGGGCGGACCUACUGGCAUCACACUAUAAAAUCCAUUGAUUGUUGGACAGGAAAACAUCAAUGCUCACAACAAAUGACACGCUAGGCAUUUGGUCUAAACCCUGCAUGCUCCCUUGCGGUCUGACUUGCAGUGGAAAUGCUCACCUGAAUAGGCUAGACCAUUCUAACCCUUCUGAAACGUACCGACCCGAAUUAUACCGCUCAGUGGAAACGAGGCAUUAGAUCUCCCACCCACCACUCAUGAGUGCAGGCCGUGGAGGGUAGGAGAUAAAAGUUCCCCCCACCCACAACUAAUGGGUGGGGUCCAGGGGGAGAAAAUAGUUAAGCCCUUUUUGUCACUUAGGGGACUGGGGGAGAGACACUAGGUCCCCCCCUUUUAUCACUUAGCACCCCCACCCGCAUCUAAUAGGUGGGGCGGAGGCUACACGCAAGGUCCCCUGUUUAGUUUAAUAGCCCCCACUUGUGUAACAUGGGUGGAGGAUGGUCCCCCCUAUUAAUUAUUUUAAUAGGUUGCUGACAGACCAAUUUUGGUCUUUCAGCUUAUUAGUAGAUAGCUCUCUAAUACUGUGGGAAUCAGGGGGCUGGCUGCUAAAUCGGCACUAAUCGAAUAGGAAAUUAAUUCUUCCGAAUAUAUAUAUAUAUAUAUAUAUAUAUAUAUACACAAUAUUAUAUAUAUACACAAUAUUAUAUAUAAAAAUAUUGAGAUAUAACAAUAUUAAAGAGUCCUAGCAAAAAAAAGUAUUUUUUGGAGAUAACAACCUUUUGAAGAAAGUGCUUUUUUGGAGGUCAGUCUGUUAUCCUCCUUAGUGUUCAAGUAGACAAAACCUUAGUGCAGAUGAGGAAUUCUGUUGUUGGUGUCUCAUAAAACAUAAAACACAAAAUAAACCACCAAUAGUGUAAUCCAGUAUAUACAAUAUCUUAGGUAAAUUUAAGAUAAAAUACGCUCACAAGGAGAGAGCUUCCAAUCAGCUCUUAGAUAGAGCUCUGAGCGGUACACUCCCUGCUUAAAGAUAAAUCUGGAGCUGUCCUCUGUAGAUAUUCACAAUGUAAACGGCAUAUGAAAGGAAUAAAACGAGAUAUAGUGCUCACCAUUUUAAACAAUAGUACUUUUAAAAAAAAAUAUAUAUAAAACCUACUCACAAUUUCAAGAGCACCUUUUUCUCAAUGAUAUCAGCUUGGGUGCUAUGAUCCCCACCAAGUAUAUAUGUAGGUAGAUGUGGAGAUUCCUUUAGAUUAAUAAAAUAAAAUAUAGGAUAAAAAAUACAUAAAAAAGUAAAAACAAUGUUUACUGCAAUAUACCACACAAAAUAAAAACAGAUUUAAAAAAAGGCCUUCUAUAUAAUCACAACGCGUUUCACCCAUAGGCUUCUUCAAGUUUUAUCACUUUAAAAAGCCUAUGGGUAAAACACAGAAGUAGAAAAGGAGAAAGGGUGGUGCUAAUAGAAAAACGUGCUAAUACUAUAGCAUGCAGCAAAAACACCUUAGUGUAUAGUCACUAAAUACACUUACAUAUACAAAUGAAAAAACGGGAAUAGGUGAUUGCGCAGGUAGCUUAUAAGUCCACAAGUUUGUGGUACGUCCCUAGGUUCUGUAAAAGUAGAACACCAACAUAGGGUAGGAUGCCAAACAUAUGAUAUUCAAUUGAGAAGCUUGGAAAAACUCACAAUUUGAUGAGCAUUUAUAAGUUUGCUCUAAACUAUAUAGGUAGAACGAAUCAUUCAGAUGUACAUGGAUCCAAUGUUUAGAUCCCCCAGGAUGUGUUUGCAGUCCUCAAUCAGGUAAAUCAGGAACCGAGUAACCAGGUACAGGUAGAAAAUAAAUUUAUUAUAAUAAAACACAAAAAAAAAAGCACAACGCGUUUCGACCCAGUAAAGAGGGUCUUCCUCAGGUGCAGGUACAGGUCUUCCUACAGGUACCUGCACCUGAGGAAGACCCUCUUUACUGGGUCGAAACGCGGUGUGCUUUUUUUUUUUUUGUGUUUUAUUAUAAUAAAUUUAUUUUCUACCUGUACCUGGUUACUCGGUUCCUGAUUUACCUGAUUGAGGACUGCAAACACCUCCUGGGGGACCUAAACAUUGGAUCCAUGUACAUCUGAAUGAUUCGUUCUACCUAUAUAGUUUAGAGCAAACUUAUAAAUGCUCAUCAAAUUGUGAGUUUUUCCAAGCUUCUCAAUUGAAUAUAUUAAAUAAAUGUAGCUAAACAUUGUAAGUAGACUUUUCCAAGUAAUAAAGUAGACUCCACUGAUGAAGUGAAAGCUAUGCCACUAAAGUAAACAACUAGCUAGGGGGAAGUUACCUGGAGUGUGAUGAAUACGAAUUGCCAAUGGGGACCACUUUUUGGGUUAUGACUGAAAGGUUAAAGGGGAAUUGUCACUUCCCAGGAUUUUAAUAUUAUGUAUACAUAUCUCUUGUGUUUAGCAAACAUGUAUUUGUGAGGUAUGUUGCACAAAAUUAGAUGUAGAAUUAAAUACCUCUCUACGCUCCAACUAAGCACCACCAUCACAGAUGCUGUUUUGCAUAGAAAGGCACCUGAGUGUGCUGAAAUGUUAGGGGUCUUUUUGUGAUUUGUGUCUUGCUCUGGUAGGCUAUUGAUGUGAGUUGUGAUACUAUAUGUUUACUCUACUCGCAUAUGUUUACUCUACCCUUAUAAUUUUUUUCGUUUUAAGUUUGAUGUAUUGUGACAUUUAUUGAUUAUAAAGCUCGUAUUAGCAUUUUGUGUGCAUAGGCUUUAACCCCCUCAGCCAGUUCAUCAUGAAUAUUAGAUUCUAUUACAGGUUCUAGAACUACAUUCAGCCACCUCCUCUACAUAGACAACAUCAAGCUCAAGUCAAGAGCGAGCCAGACAUCACUGAUCCCACUAACUAGUAUAUACAGCAAGGACAUAGGAAUGUCAUUCGGGUUGGUUAAGUGUGGGCAAAUGAUAGCAAAAAGAUGGAAGAUGAUCAGGACCAAAUGAAUUGAAGUACCAUAUGGCCAGAUAUGAGAUACUGUGGUAUUCCUAGGUACUUGUGCACAUGGCAAACAUGAGGAAAAGGCAAGGAGGACAAUAACAUCCAAGUUCCUUCAGAGACUCAGACAGGUCCUGAAGUCCUAGCUCAAUAUAACAAAAUACACGCCAUUAACACAUACGCCCUACCAGUUAUCAAGUACCGAGUUGGAAUAAUAAAAUAAUAAUGGGGCCAAAAGAAGAGCUGGACAUCAUGGAUAUCAUGACCCAAACCUAGAGAUGGUAUUUAUGGAGGAAUAGUAGCAGAAGCUCUGCACUCUUCUCUACUGCUCAUCUAUCAGUUCUGCGAUAUAUAGGAAACAAAUUACAAACUUACGGUACAUGUCCCAUCUUCUUCACAAGAUCUUUCCUGGAGUUGUUAAUACUUGCUGGAGGUCUACUGUGGUCAGGUCAUCAACACGCUUCUUCACAUAUCGUAGGGUUGUUAAAAAAUGACACCAAGACAAUGACCUCGAUAGUGGAAAAAAGUGUGCCAAUUACCUUGAUGACUAUGCUGCUUAGUCCCACUGACCGUCUCCAAAUAUAAAAAAAUCCUUCACAACAUAUUUUCUCAAUGUGACGAGGAUUCUGAUCCCUGCUCUCUGGAAACAUAAGGCUCCGACGACCUUAGAAUAAUGGAUCAUUAAAAUGUAAGUUAUUAUGUCAAUAAAGCUGAUCUAUAUGGUAGGGAAGGGAUAUGCCAGGAUAUCUGGUUCCUGUGGUUUGACUGUUUGGCCCAACUAGGAAAAAGACAACUACGCGAUUUCUAAAGUUCCGGCAGGAGUAACUACCCAAAAAGGCUAGUUUGGCUUGGAUCGGGGUGGAAGGCAGGGCUGGGGUCAUCCAAUUCAUUCACUCAUCUUACAUUCUCUAUUUUCCAUGUCCUGUUGAUCUUCUCAGUUUUCUAUUGCAGUUCCUUCAUUUUAUAUAUCCGUGCUGUUUUCUCAGCUUUAUCUACGCCUGUGAGGACAAUAGGGGUGACUUCAUUAAUACAGUAUAAAAGGAUACCUAACUUUGUGGGUACUGAAAGCUAAUAAGGUUUUUAGAAAUGCAGAGAGUAUGAAUGCAUAUUGUACAUUGGGUGACUUGUUAUGCAGGGAGGGAGGGUUUUCUAUAUGGUCAAACAACAAAUGUUUUGCAAACCAUAUACAAUAGGCGAGCACUAAUAUUCAGAGCUCAAGAUAGAAGGCUAACCAAUAUUUGAUACUCUUCGGUUUAUGAUUAAUGUAUGAGAAUGCAUUACAUUCUUGUUGUAAAACUAUGUGUAAAAAUGUUAUAUAAGUAACUGUCCAUAAAAAUAAAAAUAAAAAAUCAAGACCCAGAAACUACUCUCAAUGAAUAGAGGAUUCUACUCAAAAUCCAGCACCCAAUACUGUACACCAGCUGGAAGAAAGAAGAUCUGGGCCUGAUGUGUCAAUGCCACACUCCUGAAUGAAACACAAAGCAUCCACAUGUACAUAAGGAUGGCUCUCAAAGAUGGACUGCUGAGGGAAUGCCUGAGACAACAACAGUUACAGCUAAAGAAUACAGAAAUUGAAGAGAUUCCAUGGCAAGACAAACCUCUAAAUAGAAUAUACCAUUGCCAGAUAGUGGAUGUCGCUCAUAUUCCGAAAUACUACCAAUUGUUGGAAAAAGCAGGACUGGAAGACAGCACUGAUAUGCUAAUUGUCACAGCACAGGAACAGGCAAUCAGUACCAUAUCAAUAGAAGCUUGGGUCUCUCAGACACGACCAAUCGGCUGGACCUGCCUAAGUUUAGAUGGGAGAUGCCACAAAGGGUAGUUGAAAAUGACAGGGCUAAGAUCCUAUGGCAUAAAGAGGAUCUAGAAAGGAUGUGGAAAGAUAGGGCACUAGUAGUGCCAGCUGUGAUUGGAGCACUCAGGGCUGUAACCUCCAGAUUCCAGAUGAGACAUAUGCGAUUUCUGUCCAGUAGAAGGAUGUUCUAGGAACAGUUCUAGAUUUCUGCAGAAUCUCCAGAUUAUCAGGACUCUGAUAGAGAACUCAAAAAUGAGGAAUAUAUAUACAAAAAAAAAAAAAAACACAUGGAGUGAUGAGUAAGCAAGUAUAAUGUGCAUAUGUAUAAUUUUCAAAAUGUUCUAUCAUUACAAUAAUUCCAUAAAGGAUGAACAUCUAAAUGGAAAAAAAAAAUGUAAAUUGGUAAACUGGCACAAAAUAAUAUACAAAGUAGUAAACUGGCAUACAUGUAUAUUUAUUUUAGGUAUUCUUAACAGCAACACAUAUAGCUGCUGUUUUAUGCCACAUUUAUUUUCUAGGAGAGAAAAAUAAGUAGCAAGAGAGGUGAGAAUGGACAACAGCUCAAUUAGCCUGCCCUUCGGUGGGUCCCAGCCCAGAUCUCAAGCUGGUUUUAGCUCAACUUGUGCCAUUACAUAGAGAACAUAUCUGAAGUGUAUAAGACUGGUCCCACCCAUACGGGAAGUCCAGAUCCAAAAUGCCAGCAAUUUAUUUGUUACCUUUACAUCUCAAAUAAAUGUUAUAUAAAUUUUUUCAAAGAGCAAAUCCUUUAGAGCAAGAAUAAUGCAGCUAAACUGUACAUUUUACUAAAUUGUUGACGGUAGUGUGAUUUUACAUGACAGUGUUACCUUUACUUGUAGUAUGAGCACAUUUCCUUUGAUAUACAAGGAAUAUGUAAGAACGUAUGCCAUGGAACAGUGCAUGUUAAACUACAUUAACAUAAUGAAAAUUGCUGCUAUUGGAAGAAUAGUAAUUAUAUUCAUACGUUUGUGAACACCAAUCAAUACUUAGCUUUAAUUGCAUCUUUAACACUGAUGCUUUUCUAGACUAGUUCCAAUAUUGUGGGGUGCAGAGUCAGAAGAGCAGAGUGCUGGAGCAUGGAACCAGCUGCGCUAAGAAGCACACAGAUUUGUGAUUUAAAUUGUUAGCUGCACAGCCAGGUAGUGUGAAAAGGAUAGUCAAGUAGCUGUUAAGUCCAUUGCUGCCAAUUAUUAACAAUCAGGGAGGGGCUCUAAGUCUUGUUCAGUAUAAUAAACCCGGUUUGUCUUGUUUCAUCUGUUACUGCUGAAGAGCUUGCAGCUGCACAGAUUCAAAUAGCCUCGGAACUAUGGUAAUUAUGAAGCAAUCCUUUCUUUUAAUGUGGAAACCGUGCUUACAGAGAGUAACUCUUCAUGCUCUGGCAUACUUAUGUACAGUUGUUUUUUAUAGCAUGAUUGCUAAAUUACUGAUACACACCAACUUUUGCAUAUGAAAGUAAUUUGGGAAAAAAAAUCAUGUGUGUGUAUAUAUAUAUAUAUAUAUAUAUAUAUAUAUAUAUAUAUAUAUGUAUAUAUAUAUAUAUAUAUAUAUAUAUAUAUGAUUAUUUUUUUCAAAUUACUAUAUGUGUGUUUGUGUGUGUUUCCUGAUGUAAAGGUGAAAGCAGAGUAGCAUGCUACUAAUUUGUUUACGCGCCAGCUGUCAUAUCAGUUUCCUAUUUGAGAAAUAUUUUUUCUUGCUGUAUCAGAGAAACAUAAAAUAUACAAUUUCAACUGUUUCUUUGGUAGACUUCAAGCUUGUGUUUUCUGGGCAUAGCAUAAUUUAUUUUUCCUUUUUUGUUUCAGAUGAUGAUGAACAUGAAUGGAUUAUCCGGACAUGUCGGAAAGAAUGGGAUGAGAUCACUGGAUAUAAGCCUAGACAUAUGUAUUCUCAGACAUGACAGUUUAUACAAAUUACAUCUUACCUAUUCAUUGAUACUUAAAAGAGCGUUUACAUGAACUAAAUAUUGUAUCAAAAUUCAGAAAAUAAAAGACAACUCCCUAUUAUUUUAUUAGUAACAUUUCUU